AAGAAAGUGGGGGUGUUGCUUUGUGUCUCUGCUGCAAGGGCUGCAUCGCUGCCCCCUCCUGGGAUCUGGUGAGUCUCCUCUCUCUCCCCCAAGAGGGUGCAGUGGGGAGACGGGGGCGGGCAGGGCUGCAGCAGGGGAGGGGGCCUGGGGCGCCUGAUCUGCUCCUGCAGGGGGGGGGACCCCAAGUCAGGGAGGAUAGGGUCCUGCCAGGGAGGGGCCAGGUCUGCCACGCUCUCCUUCCUGGAGAUCAGAGGAUCCCAAACUCAUUUGGCCUUUCAGAAGAAAAUGACUCUCACGAAAUCUCCCUCUUUUAAAAAAAGGAGUCCCUGGGAUUUAACUCUGUGUGACGUCGCUCAGCGUCAUUGCACAACAGAGGAAACAUGUGCAAAUGGUUUUCCAAAGCUGGACGAGGAGCUGGACUAGCCCCCCCCCAAAAAAAAACCCCACAGGGAGGAAGGAAGUUAAGGUGGGAGAGAAAGGCCAGGAAUAAAGAGAGGCAGCCCAGCCCAUAGUCUGACUGCUGCAUCGCAGACCAGUUUCCCAGUGUCUCCCAGGGCAGCUCCCCACGGAGGCCACUGCAGCAAUCCCCUCGCACCCAGAGCAGGGCAUCCCAGGACCACAUCCUCUCUCUGUCCCAAAGGGAUUGUAGCUGGAAAAGCAGCCGGAAAUGGGCGCUGCUACUCACUGAGCCUCCAGGGACCUUCGCAUCAAUGGCUGUGUGUGUGUUAAGCUGUAUAACAGAAUAAUAGUAAUAAAUUGCCCACCUGAAUUUCAAGUGAGAUGUAUUUGGCCCCGUCCACUUGGCUCUCUGGGGUUUUCCAGAUACAUACCUGGCCCUAAGAGCAAAGAAAAAGGGACCCCACCCCAGGAGUCUGUCUGAGAGGCAGCAGAGGGGCAGAGUCUGAGAGGGGCAGAGAGUCCAAGUGCAAGAAAAAGAGACAGAAGCAGGGGAGUGGGGUGGGGGCAACAACUCCAGAGGACCCCCACUAGAGCCAAACAUCCAUUUAUCACGAGAUACAAAUGACUCCUUUGUCAUUCGGUUCUGACUUCAUGCAUUGACUGGAAGGAAGAAGAAACCAGGUUGAUUAAUCUCGCAGAAAUCCCUUCAGUUGCCUCCACAUUUUGCAUUGCUAGAAGGCUAGGGACUUAUUUCUUCUCCUCUUCCUCCUCCUUUUCAAAAAGAUAGCUCAUGGUCUGGGAUCCGGUGCAGUCCAGCCCUGGUUUCCAGCAAGACUCAGGGAACCAUCCCCCCCCCCCUACAAAUUCUGUAACAGAACAAUGUAUUUGCUUUGUAGGAUUUGCUAGAGCUUCUCAUUUAGACGGACAGAACUUGGCAGAAGACCAAAGGGUUCCUUCCGAUCUCUCAGAGGCUUCCUGAGAGCACAGAUGGAUGAGCAAGACUCAGCUGGCCCUGGAACAGAAAGAGGCCAUGCCAACCAAACUGGGAGCAGUGGGGGGUUCUGGGAAAACUCUGUGCAGAAGAUCCAUGGUGAGGUGGACACCCUCCGCUCAGAGGUGCAGAGCCAGCAGGUGAGGCAGUUCUGCUGCCAGGAGGCCAAAGGACCCCGAGAGGUUUGCAGCCGACUCUACCACCUUGACCAUCAGUGGCUGAAGCCAGAAAGGCACACGAAGCUGAGAUGCUGGACCUGGUGAUCUUGGAGCAGUUCCUGGCUGUCCUUCCCCCGGAGAUGGAGAGCUGGGUGAGGGACUGUGGAGCGGAGACCAGUUCCCAGGCGGUGGCCCUGGCCGAAGGUUUCCUCCUGAGUCAGGCAGAGGAGAGAAAGCAGGCAGAGAGAAAGCAGGUGAGAGAGACGUUGCUCUGGAUACUCCCAAGGGGCUCCAAACAGGACAGAGAACAUCCCAUAAUGGUCUGCUGAUGGCCCAUCCUUUUUCUGGGAAAGCAUCCAUGGAAUGAGAUCUCGUACCCUUCAAGUCUUUGCCAUUCUCUUUCUAGUAUUUCUCCCCAUUCUCUGUUUUGAAUCCUUGUUUCUUUCUCAGGGAAAGGAUCUCUUUGCAGAAAUGGACCUGGAUUCCUGUGAGGCAGAGAGGCCUCCGUUGGACACCAGAGAGAGGCCACUGGGUAAGGAGGAAGGUGGUUUUUCCCCAUUUGGUCCCAUUCUGUUGGUUUUCCAACUCAUCUGAGGAUUCCUUUCAUCUUGUUUUGGGGAUAGAUGGUUGGGAAGAAGGAUCCAGAGGAGGGGAGAUGUAUUUCUGCACAAACAAACAUAUGAAAUGGGUACAAAUGUCCAAAUACUCUCAGUAGGUAAGUCCUUCUCAAAGGCCCAUCUGUAGUUAGAGAUGCCCUGUUUCACCUGUGAGAGAAGCCGGCACUCCUGGCAUCCUGCUUACCUUUUUUCUCUUGCAGGUGGCAGAAGGAUGCCGGCAAGACCUCCUGAUCCGCCUUUUCAUGGGGGCAGAAGGGAAGCAGCGGCUGUGGAACCAGAUCAGGUCAGGGGAAGCUGCCUUGUGGGGACAGAGGCCGAGGGAUGGAGCAAUGUCAUGGACUGGUUGGGCACAGAGGAGUGGUGAGAGGAUGCAGCCUGGGAACCAGGAAGGGAAGAUGGCUGAGAGCCGAAGGAGUGGAGGUGGAGGAAGUAUGAGCGGUCAGAGGAGGAAGAGGGAAAAGACUGGGAAGAGGAGGUGUCAGAAGCUGAAGGGGUUACAGGGCUUAGUGAGCUGGGAGACUCUGUGGCAGAAUGCAGUGCAGAAUCAGAGGCAGAAGAGGAAGGAGGCGAUUGGGAGAGGAAGGUCGAGAGGCUGAGGUGAGUCAGGAUAAGGAGGAGCCACCGAUGGCUCCCUCUCCUUCUGCCAGAAGCCACCCUCCCUGCUUGUCUCUCAGAGCCAGGAGAUGAAAAUAGGCUUAUUUUAAUUAAUCACUGAAUGCUAAAACUGUUUUCUAAGCAGUGGACAAACGAGAACAAAUAGUGGCCUGGGUUCACCUAACCAGCCCCAUAAGAUGAAAAAUGGGGCCUGCCCCCCAUUCCUUCCCUUCCCCCUCUCCAUGCCCCCCUGAACCCCUUGAAUUUGGCUCUAGGGCAUUGGGAGGGAACCUUCCCAGAAGAGCUCACAAGGAGAGGAGAAAGUGGAUCCGUCCAUUGAGGAAACUUGAAUGUUUGGGUAGGCAGAAUGACUUGGAAAACACAAGGUGGAGUACCACCUAUUUGCACAAAGACAAAUACCCAUAAUUAAAACACAGAAUAAAAUAAGCACCCAUAAUUAAAAUGUGCAGCAAAGCAAUCCUAUUGAAACAACACUGCAAUUAACAGGAAGGAAACCACAGAGCAUUGUGGAGCAGAUCAUAUUUCUGCUGUCUCAGAGGAGGACAUUUCCCUUUUUCUUUUAGGGUCCAGUGUGCUUUGAAGAUGUCGCUAUUCAUUUCACGGACGAGGAGUGGGCGUUGCUGGAUCCUGACCAGAGAGCUCUGCAUAAGGACGUCAUGGAGGAGAAUUGUGGGAUCGUGGCCUCUCUUGGUAAGGCUCCGUGUGGGAUUGUCAUAUCUGCCUGGAAAUUAAAAAAAUACCUCUAUGGACCAACCUCAUAUAUUUUCACAGAGCUCAAUAGUGGCCUCUAUAACACCUGGGAACCUAACACCCCCACAAUAAAAAGUAACUUACAGUUUUUUCUUUGAACAAUCUUCCUCAAAUUAUUCCUUUUUCUACCACGAUUGGGCUGCUUUCAACUGCCCAGGCCAUCUUAAAUGUCAGCUUCAGAAUUGUUAGGAAAGAGAAGUAGCUUCAGGUUUUCCGCUUUUGUUUUUGCUGCUGUCAGUCUUGGGUUGACCAAAGAGACGACUGACAUUGGAGAUGGAGGGGAUGCCAUGACUGGGCCAAACAAAAUCCAUGCCAGAGAAGAGCUAGACUUAUUGAAUUUCAGGUAGAAGUAGCGGUGGUGGUGGUGGUGGUGAUGAUAAUAAUAAUAAUAAUAAUAAUAAUAAUAAUAAUUUAUUAUUUAUACCCCGCCCAUCUGGCUGAGUUUCCCCAGCCACCCUGGGCGGCUUCCAUAGAAACCAAAAAUACUCUAAAAUAUCACACAUUAAAAACUUCCCUGAACAGGGCUGCCUUAAGAUGUCUUCUGAAUGUCAGGUAAUUGUUUAUCUCUUUGACAUCUGAUGGGAGGGCGUUCCACAGGGCGGGCGCCACUACCAAGAAGGCCCUCUGUUUGGUUCCCUGUAGCCUCACUUCUCGCAAUGAGGGAACCGCCAGAAGGCCCUCGCCGCUGGAUCUCAGUGUCCGGGCUGAACGAUGGGGGUGGAGACGCUCCUUCAGGUAUACUGGACCGAGGCCAUUUAGGGCUUUAAAGAUCAGCACCAACACUUUGAAUCGUGCUCGGAAACAUACUGGGAGCCAAUGCAGAUCUCUCAGAACCAGUGUUAUGUGGUCCCGGCGGCCACUCCCAGUCACCAGUCUAGCUGCCGCAUUCUGGAUUAAUUGCAGUUUCCGGGUCACCUUCAAAGGUAGCCCCACGUAGAGCGCGUUGCAGUAGUCCAAGCGUGAGAUAACUAGAGCAUGCACCACUCUGGCGAGACAGUUCGCGGGCAGGUAGGGUCUUAGCCUGCGUACCAGGUGGAACUGGUAGACAGCUGCCCUGGACACAGAGUUAACCUGCGUUCCAUGGACAGCUGUGAGUCCAAAAUGACUCCCAGGCUGCGCACCUGGUCCUUCAGGGGCACAGUUACACCAUUCAAGACCAGGGAAUCCCCCACACCAACCCGCUCCCUGUCCCCCAAAAACAGUACUUCUGUCUUGUCAGGAUUCAACCUCAAUCUGUUAGCCGCCAUCCAUCCUCCAACCGCCUCCAGGCACUCACACAGGACCUUCACCGCCUUCACUGGUUCUGAUUUAAAGGAGAGGUAGAGCUGGGUGUCAUCUGCACACUGAUGAACACCCAGCCCAAACCCCCUGAUGAUCUCUCCCAGCGGCUUCAUAUAGAUAUUAAAAAGCAUGGGGAGAGGACGGAACCCUGAGGCACCCCACAAGUGAGAGCCCAGGGGUCUGAACACUCAUCCCCCACCACCACUUUCUGGACACGGCCCAGGAGGAAGGAGCGGAACCACUGUAUGACAGUGCCCCCAGCUCCCAGCCCCUCUAGACGGUCCAGAAGGAUGUUAUGGUCGAUGGUGUCAAAGGCCGCUGAGAGAUCCAGCAGAACUAGGAAACAGCUCUCACCUUUGUCCCUAGCCCGCCGGAGAUCAUCGACCAGCACGACCAAGGCGGUUUCAGUCCCAUGGUGAGGCCUGAAUCCCGAUUAGAAGGGAUCCAAAUGGUCCGCUUCCUCCAGGCAUGCUUAGAGUUGUUCAGCAACCACCCACUCAAUCACCUUGCCCAAGAAUGGUAGAUUUGAGACUGGGCGAUAGUUGGCCAAAUUGGCCGGGUCUAAAAAUGUUUUUUUAAGAAGCGGUUUAAUGACCGCCUCUUUCAGCGGGUCUGGGAAGGCUCCCUCACAGAGGGAAGCAUUCACCACCCCGCAGAGCCCAUCGCCCAGCCCUUCCCGACUAGCUUUUAUACGCCAGGAUGGGCAAGGAUCAAGGAGACAGGUGGUCGGUUUCACCUGUCCAAGCAGCCUGUCCACAUCCUCGGAGGUAACAGAUUGGAAAUCAUCCCAUGUAACAGGACCAGACAGAUCUCUAGCACUCUCCCGCCCUGGCCCUGCUCCCACGGUGGAGUCUACCUCCUUCUGAAUCUGAGCGACUUUAUCUGCAAAAAACUUUGCAAAAGCAUUGCAGGAGAUCUUGGGGUCCCUACCAGGCCCCGGUGGUGCAGGUGGUUCCGAUAGAUUCCGAACCACCUGAAAAAGUUUCCUGCUGUUUUCUGCAGAUGCAAUGGAGGCGGCGAAGAAGACCCUCUUCGCCGUCGCCAUUGCCACUUGGUAGGCUCGGUGUUUAGCUCUAGCCCGUGCCCGGUCUGAUUCAGAAUGAGUUUUCCGCCACCGGCGCUCUAGCCAUCUCAUCGAUUGUUUCAUCACCCUCAGCUCCGGGGAAAACCACGGGGCUGUCCAGGGUCCAUGCAAUCGGAGAGGGCGCUUCGGAGCCAGACAGUCCAUAGCCCUGGUUAACUCCACAUUCCAGCGGGCCACCAGGGAAUCAGCUGAAAGGCCAUCAACUUGGGAUAAAACAUCCCCUACCACUCUCUGGACGCCAAUUGGAUCCAUUCAGUGGCGGGGGCGGACCAUCCGAAUCGGUCCCACCUCCCUGCAGAGGGGAAGGGUUGCGGAGAAGUCCAGUUGCACCAGGAAGUGAUCUGACCAUGGCACUUCUUUUGUUUCACUUUUAGUUAAUGUCAGAUCACCAACAUCCAUAGAGGUGAACACCGAGUCUAAGGCAUGUCCGCGGCUAUGAGUUGGGCCAAACUUAUUCAGGGACAGCCCCAUGGAGGCCAUGCUUUCCACGAAGUCCCGAGUGGCCCCUUGUAAGGUUGUGUCGGCAUGGAUGUUAAAAUCCCCCAGGACAACCAAGCUAGGUUUCUCCAGGAGAACAUCCGCCACGACCUGAAGCAGCUCGGGCAGGGAAUCCUUGGUGCAGCGGGGAGGUCGGUACACCAGUAGGAAUCCUGUACUGCCCCUAUUGCCCAACUUCCAGAACAUGCACUCAGAAAACUGGGUCUUCCCAAUAGGACGCCUGGUGCAGACUAAUGACUUACUAAAAAUCACUGCAACCCCCCCCCCCCGCCCACAUGACCUGGGUUGCUGUGCGUAAGAGACGCCUGGUGGGCAAGCAGCGGCAAGGACAGGCCCAUCUGCUUCAUCCAACCAGGUCUCUGUCACACAUGCCAGGUCAAAUCCUCCAUCCACAAUCAGGUCGUGGAUGGCAGUGGUUUUAUUCAUCAUUGACCUGGCAUUGCACAGCAACACUUUCAGGUCAUGUGGGUUUCCCCUGUUGAUUCCAGUAUCCAUCCGGUCAAGGCCAGACCUGGAGGCAGGGAUAGUCCUCAGACAACGACUAAACCUGCCUCCUCGGUAAUGACAUGGUCUGGUCUUAGCAUAACUCCUCCUCCUGCCCGUGAUCACUGAGAUCGGGUGUCCCAAUACAUCCCCCCCCAUGGAACCUGCCCCAGCCAAUCUAUUGGCUGAGGCCCACUCCCAGGCAGCCAUGACCCUUCCCCUUAAAAAGCAAAAUACAAACUAUGUAAUAACUUAACAGAAUAAUAAUAAUAAUAAUUAAAAAAAAAAAAAACCAAAGCAAGAAACAAUAGCGCUCAAAUUAAACUACUCCCCACCCUAACUAAAUGCUUAUCCUACCCCAAGCAAAAAUAAAAUAAUGAAAUAAUAUAAUAUAAUAAAAAGCAACAACCACCAUUUAAAGUGCUGUAAAUUAAAAGCGCUUAAAACAUUUAAAACCACUUUGUCCCUUGCUGCAGGUAGCUGCUCAGGCCUCUAAACUGUAGUGGUAAGUGCAGGCCCCGCCCCCUAGGCCAGAUGGAGUUGGCAGGAGAGGGAGCUGUCCUCCCAACACCCACGCGAGCAGCAGCAGCAGUGUCCCGGAGGCCUUGAUGGAGGCCCUCAAGCUGUGGCGGUGAGUGCAGGUCCCGCCCCCUAGGCCAGAUGGAGUUGGCAGGAGAGGGAGCGGUCUUCCCAGCACUCACACAAGCAGCAACAGCAGUAGUCACAAUGAUGAUGAUGAUGAUACAGUGGUACCUCGGUUUACAAACUUAAUCUUUUCCAGAAGAGGACUGUUCUUAAAUCAAGGUACCACUGUAGUAAUAAUAAUAAUUUUUAUUUAUACCCUGCCCAUCUGGCUGAGUUGCCCCAGCUACUCUGGGCGGCUUCCAACACACAUAUAAUCAUGAAACAUAAAUAGUAAUAAUCUGAUCCCAUAUAUAAAGAACAUUAACUUUAAAAUGAACAACUUCUACUAGUGGCCAAAAUUGUGGAAACCUAUUUUGAAAGGUGUAUUUCUGAGGUUUGGUGGCUCAUAACACCACUUUUGUGUGGAGUAAUACCAUAAAAUUAUAUAGCAAUGGAAAGAUAAUUUAAUGAAGAAAGUAAUGCAACGACUUUUAUGAAGGAGUAUUUAUUGGAACAGCAGUCAUAAAGAAGAAACGUGAAACCUUUGGUAACCAUUGGUAACCUUUAGCUUUAAUUACGGCCUUACAACGCCUUCACUUGAAGUGAACCAAGUCUUUAGUUCUGCAGCUGUAAUAAUGGGAAACCAAGACUGAAUUAUUGCCUCUGUUAAUAGAGCUCUAUUGCUGGGUUGCUUCAGUAUAACAAGUUUCUUUAGUCGGCUCCAUAGAUUUCUGAUUGGGUUAAAGUGUGGGCUAUUCCCAGGCCAUUCCAGCAGUGAAAUAUCAUUAUCUUGAAAGCACCUUUUGCACACAGCAGCAACACGACAUAGAGCUGAAUCCUGUUGAAAUAGAAUAUAUUAUAUAUAUAUAUAUAUAUAUAUAUAUAUAUAUAUAUAUAAAUGCUUCAGUAUCUGGGAAAAGAUCACCUGCGGAACACUUCAGUUUGGGCUCAAGUAUUUCGUUUAUGCAUUUUUCCGCAUUUAUAUUCCCAUUAAUGACGCAAAUUCUGCCCACACCUUUUGCUGCCAUACAACCCCAGAUCAUCACAGUCUGGGUGUUUCACGGUUGGUGUAAUGCAAGUAGGAUGUAAAUCUUCUCUGAUUCUUCUCCUCGCGUAUUUCAUGCCAUCACUACCAAGCAAGGAGAUUUGGGUUUCAUCGCUCCAAAUAACACUGUCCCAUUAUUCCGCUGUACUGUUAACAUGGGUUUCAUCUUUUCAACCUUUGUUGGAGAGAUAACAAUGGUUUUUUCCUUAGAAUUCUAACAUUUAGACCAGACUUGCACUCAACUUCCCAUUACAUUGCACCAUAUCGUCUUGUAUACACCCAGAUGAUUUUCUUCUGUCAUGUAGGCACAGUCUCUCCAUUCUUCAAUUGCCAGCUUUGGUUUAGUUUUUCCCAAUUUUUCAUCUAACUUCUUCAUAACUGUAGCCUUGUUCACUUAAUAGUACAAUUUUACAUCACUUUCUCGGUGACCAGUCAACUCUUUGUACCAUUUCUUUAAUUUGAUUAUGUUUUUCAACCUCACUAAAUGACCAACUUGAUAGCAAUCACAUAACACACUGACAAAAGUCAACCUAAGCAAGUUGUGCUUCUUUUUUCUGGUUAUUUGGCUAUAAGGUUUGAUAGAAUAUGAACAAACUUUGUUUGAUUGCAUUGUUGAUUGCAUUCUUGAUCAAAUUAUCUUUCCAUUGAUAUAUAAAUUUAUAAUAUCACUCCAAAAGAAGAACUACACUUUUUUCCAAAAGUCUUCCACGAUUUUGACCACUACUUUAUAUCAAACAAAGCAACAUUCAACAACACAUCAGAAUCUCAUAAUAAAUAUGUUGGUUAAUGACAAACAAUACAGGUAAUGAACACACACCCAACUCGUUUCAUUUCUUCUCCAUUUGUUCCUGAGGCUCUAAUCCCUUUUUGUCUCCAAUGCAGAUUGUGAUGAAACAGAAAUCGAGAACAAAGGUGACCACGACAAAAUCCCCAGAGAGGAGAAGCCACACAAAAAUUUGGAGUGUGGAGAAAACUGUAGUCAGAGCUCCCAUUCCACUUCCCAUCAACAAAAUCUCAUUGGAAAGAAAGUCUAUCAGUGCAUGGAAUGUGGAAAGAGCUUCAGGAAGAGCUCCAUUCUCACUUACCAUCAAAGAAUUCAUACAGGGGAGAAACCAUAUCAGUGUGUGGAAUGUGGAAAGAGCUUCAGUCACAGCUCCAAUCUCACCUUCCAUCAAAGAAUUCAUACAGGGGAGAAACCCUAUCAGUGUGUGGAAUGUGGAAAGAGCUUCAGGCAGAGAGUCAGUCUCACUUCCCAUCAAAGAAUUCAUACAGGGGAGAAACCCUAUCAGUGUGUGGAAUGUGGAAAGAGCUUCACAGAUACUUCCUCUCUCAUUUCCCAUCACAGAAUUCAUACAGGGGAGAAACCCUAUCAGUGUGUGGAAUGUGGAAAGAGCUUCAGAAAAAGCUCCUCUCUCACUUCCCAUCACACAAUUCAUACAGGGGAGACACCCUAUCAUUGUGUUGAAUGUGGUAAGAGCUUCAGGAAAAGCUCCUCUCUCACUUCCCAUCGCACAAUUCAUACAGGGGAGAAACCCUAUCAGUGCGUGGAAUGUGGUAAGAGCUUCAGGAAAAGCUCCUCUCUCACUUCCCAUCACAGAAUUCAUACAGGGGAGAAACCGUAUCAGUGCAUGGAAUGUGGAAAGAGCUUCAGUCACAGCUCCCAUCUCACUUCCCAUCAAAGAAUUCAUACAGGUGAGAAACCCUAUCAGUGUGUGGAAUGUGGAAAGAGCUUCACUCAUAGCUCUUCUCUCACUUCUCAUCACAGAAUUCAUACAGGGGAGAAACCCUAUCAGUGUGUCGAAUGUGGAAAGAGCUUCAGGAAGAGUUCCUCUCUCACUUCCCAUCACAGAAUUCAUACAGGGGAGAAACCCUAUCAGUGUGUGGAAUGUGGAAAGAGCUUCAGGAUGAGCUCCUCUCUCGCUUCCCAUCACAGAAUUCAUACAGGGGAGAAACCCUAUCAGUGUGUGGAAUGUGGAAAGAGCUUCAGGAAGAGUGCCUAUCUCACUUCCCAUCAAAGAAUUCAUACAGGGGAGAAACCCUAUCAGUGUGUGGAAUGUGGAAAGAGCUUCAGGAAGAGUGCCCAUCUCACUACCCAUCAAAGAAUUCAUACAAGGGAGAAACCCUAUCAGUGUGUGGAAUGUGGAAAGAGCUUCAGGAAGUGCUCCUCUCUCACUUUCCAUCACAGAAUUCAUACAGGGGAGAAACCCUAUCAGUGUGCGGAAUGUGGAAAGAGCUUCACUGAUAGCUCCUCUCUCACUUCCCAUCACAGAAUUCAUACAGGGGAGAAACCCUAUCAGUGUGCGGAAUGUGGAAAGAGUUUCACAGAUAGUUCCUCUCUCUCUUCCCAUCACAGAAUUCAUACAGGGGUGAAACCCUAUCAGUGUGUGGAAUGUGGAAAGAGCUUCAGGCAGAGGGUCAGUCUCACUUCCCAUCAAAGAAUUCAUACAGGGGAGAAACCCUAUCAAUGUGUCGAAUGUGGAAAGAGCUUCACUGAUAGCUCCUCUCUCAUUUACCAUCACAGAAUUCAUACAGGGGAGAAACCCUAUCAGUGUGUGGAAUGUGGAAAGAGCUUCCGUCAGAGCUCCGAUCUCACUUACCAUCACAGAAUUCAUACAGGGGAGAAACCCUAUCAGUGUGUGGAAUGUGGAAAGAGCUUCAGUAGGAGCUCCAAUUUCACUUCCCAUCAAAGAAUUCAUACAGGGGAGAAACCCUAUCAGUGUGUGGAAUGUGGAAAGAGCUUCCGUCAGAGGUCCGCUCUCACUUCCCAUCACAGAAUUCAUACAGGGGAGAAACCCUAUCAGUGUGUGGAAUGUGGAAAGAGCUUCACUCAUAACUCCCAUCUCAUUUCCCAUCAAAGAACUCAUACAGGGGAGAAACCUUAUCAGUGUGUGGAAUGUGGAAAGAGCUUCACUGUUAGCUCUAAACUCACUUCCCAUCAAAGAAUCCAUACAAAGUUCGGAAAAACCAUUAUACAGCUUUAGGAGCCAUGCAAAUCCACACGUUUUUAACCAGGCCUUUUUCUUAUUGACAUCUAAAACUAUUUUAACAUGCGAUGUUUUGUGUUUUUAUGUUCCAAGCAUUCUGAGACGUGUGGGUGUAGGGAAUACGGCCAACUCCUAAAUAUUGGAGGAGGCCACCCCCCAGGUUUUCUUUGUGGUUUUUUUCAAAUGCAACCUUUUUUUCUUCCGCUACUUGCCAUACAAUUUCGCUUUCAAUUUGCCCUUUUAAGAAAUUUUUAUAAACCCCACAAAGGUCAUGAGAAAAAAAAAUACAAGAAAAUACAAAUGUGGAGAGGUCCCAUAUUUGCAGGCCAAAUGCAAAAGUUGCUUUAAAGGAGGCUUUCCCAAACUUGGGUCCCCAGCAUCUCCCGGACUACAGUUCCCAUCAUCCCUCCCCAUUGGUCCUGCUAGCUAGGGAUGAUGGGAGUUGUAGUCCAAAACCAGCUGGAGACCCAAGUUUGCUUUAAUUUUUUUUAAAAUGAUAUUUAUUAAAAUUUCACAAGAAAAGGAUCACAUUAAUAAAAAAAAUUAACAAUAAAAAGAAAAAUACACAAUACAAAAUACAAAAAAGGAAAAGAAAAAACAGUUAAAAACAAUUCCGUCUUUUCAUCACUUACUUUUACUUUUACUUGUUUCCCGGACCUCCUCAUACCUCCCUCUUUUGUAUUCCAAUUCAGUUUGUUAGUCCAGCAAUUCCUUUCCCUCCUUUUUAAUCCUAAUCUUUAAUCUUAUUAUAUUAUAACAUUAAAUUUUUACCUAUUAAAAACCAAUUUUUCCAAUUCUUUUAACCAUUACUGCUAGAAACCGCUUAACUUCAAUCUGUCAUCAUUCUAACAUUCAUUAAUUUUACAAUAUUUCUGUAAGUAGUCUUUAAAUUUCUUCCAAUCUUCUUCCACCGACUCUUCUCCCUGGUCUCGGAUUCUGCCAGUCAUUUCCACUAUUCCAUAUAGUCCAUCAUUUCCAUCUGCCAUUCCUCCAGUGUGGGUAAAUCUUGUGUCUUCCAAUACUUUGCAAUAAGUAUUCUUGCUGCUGUUGUAGCAUACAUAAAGAAAGUUCUGUCCUUCUUUAAUACCGAUUGGUCAACUAUGCCCAGGAGAAAGGCCUCUGGUUUCUUCAAGAAGGUAUAUUUAAAUACCUUUUUUAAUUCAUUGUAAAUCAUCUCCCAGAAAACCUUGAUCCUUGGGCACGUCCACCAAAGGUGAAAGAAUGUACCUUCAGUUUCUUUACAUUUCCAACAUUUAUUAUCAGACAGAUGGUAGAUUUUUGCAAGCUUGACUGGGGUUAUGUACCACCUGUAUAUCAUUUUCAUAAUAUUCUCUCUUAGGGCAUUACAUGCCGUAAACUUCAUACCUGUGGUCCAUAACUGUUCCCAGUCAGCAAACAUAAUAUUAUGUCCAACAUCUUGUGCCCAUUUAAUCAUAACAGAUUUCACCGUUUCAUCCUGAGUAUUCCAUUUCAGCAGCAAGUUAUACAUUCUUGACAAAUUCUUAGUUUUGGGUUCUAACAGUUCUGUUUCUAAUUUUGAUUUUUCCACCUGGAAGCCAAUUUUCUUAUCCAAAUUGUAUGCCUCUGUUAUUUGAUAAUAAUGAAGCCAGUCUCGCACUUUAUUUUUUAGUUUUUCAAAACUCUGCAGUUUCAAUCUAUCUCCAUCUUGUUCUAAAAUUUCCCAAUAUUUCGGCCAUUUGACCUCCAUAUAGAGCUUUUUCAGGGCUUUCGCUUCCAUCGGUGACAGCCACCUUGGGGUUUUAUUUUCCAAUAAGUCCUUAUAUCUUAUCCAAACAUUAAACAAAGCUUUCCUAACAAUAUGGUUUUUAAAUGCUUUAUGUGCUUUGGCCUUAUCAUACCACAGAUAUGCAUGCCAACCAAAUACAUUGUUAAAACCUUCUAGAUCCAAAAUGUCAGUGUUUUCAAGAAGCAGCCAUUCUUUCAACCAGCAAAAAGCUGCUGAUUCAUAAUAAAGUUUAAAGUCUGGCAGGGCAAAUCCACCUCUUUCCUUUGCAUCUGUUAGUAUUUUAAAUUUUAUUCUGGGCUUCUUGCCCUGCCAGACAAAUCUAGAAAUAUCUCUCUGCCACCUCUUGAAACAGUCCAUUUUGUCCACAAUUUGCAAUGUUUGAAACAAAGACAACAUUCUAGGCAAUACAUUCAUUUUUACCGCAGCAAUACGGCCCAGCAGUGAAAGCUUCAAAUUGGACCAAAUUUCUAAAUCUUUUUUCAUUUCAGCCCAACAUUUUUCAUAGUUAUCUUUAAAUAAAUUCCCAUUUUUUGCUGUCAUAUUAAUCCCCAGGUAUUAACCACAGUCAGACGUGUCUCAUUCUGAAACCUCUCUCUUUCGGUGUUAAAUUUUUCUCUAAAACCUUAGUUUUUAGCUUGUUCAAUUUAAAUCCUGCAGCCUGACCAAAUUUUUGAAUCAAUUCUAAAACCCUUUUAGUACUAGAUUCUGGCUCCUGUAACGUCAAUACUAAGUCAUCUGCAAAUGCUCUCAAUUUGUACUGUUUGGCUCCGACCUGUAUACCUUUAACCAACCGGUCCCUUCUAAUCAUGUUCAGCAAAACCUCCAGGACCGAAAUAAAAAGCAAUGGGGAAAUUGGGCAACCUUGUCGUGUCCCUUUUUCUAUCUUAAAUUCUUCCGUCACCACAUUAUUUACAAUUAAUUUAGCCUUUUGUUCUGAGUAAAUUGCACUUAUACCGUUUUCAAAACCUUGGCCUACCCCCAUACCCUGUAGGUUCUUCUACAUAAAACUCCAAGAAAUAUGGUCAAAAGCUUUCUCCGCGUCCACAAAUAUCAUAACUGCUUUAGUAUUUAUGUUCACUUCUAGUUUUUCCAAAAUAUCGAUUAUAUUCCUCAAAUUGUCAGACAAGUGUCUUCCCGGGAGAAAGCCCGCUUGGUCUUUAUGAAUCUCUUCCAUCAACACUGUUUUCAAUCUCUUAGCCAAAAUGUCUGCAAAAAUUUUGUAAUCCACAUUAAGUAAUGAUAUGGGGCGGUAGUUCUUAAGCUGAGUCUUUUCAGUCUCUGUUUUCGGUACAAGUGUAAUAUAGGCUUCUUUCCACGACUCUGGUGCCCUUUUCCCCUCCAUUAUUUCAUUACAGACCUCUUUCAAAGGUUGUACUAGCCAUUCUUUCAAGGAUCUGUAAUAUCUAGAAGUCAGUCCAUCAGGUCUUGGAGAUUUACCCAAUUGCAUGUUUUGAAUGGCACCUUCUAUCUCUUGUUCAGUUAUUUUAUAGUUCAACAUUAAUUUAUUUUCUUGAGAGAUUUUUUGUGAUCCAUUUGUUUUCAAAAAUCGAUCUAAAUCAGUUUCUUUCUGUGGUCCUUGUGUAUAUAGUUGUUUAAAGUAUCUCUGGAAACAAUUUCUAAUCUCAGCUGGGUUCUGUAUAUUCCUUCCUUCCACUUCUAAAUUUGUAACUGUAUUUAAUUUUUGUCUUUUUUCAAUUGCCAGGCCAGCAAUUUCCCACAUUUAUUAGCUGAUUCAAAUGUCUUUUGUCUCAUUUGUUUAAUUUUCCAUUCUAUCUCUUGGUUCAUCAUUUUCAUAUAUUGCACUUGAUAUAAUUUUAUUUCUCUCAGAAUCUCUUGAGACUUUGGUUUUGUUCUCAAUCUUUUUCACUUUCCUUUAUUUUCUCCAAAAUUUUAUCCUUCUUCUCAUUUUGGAUUCUCUUCUUUAAUGCAUUCUGUUGUAUCAAGAACCCUCUCAUAACCGCUUUACUUGCGCCCCAGAUUACUCUUUUUUCCACAUUGGUGCUCAUAUUUAUCUCAAAAUAGUCUCUCAAGGUUUUUUGGGCCUUCUUAAGCACUUCUUCAUCUCUAAAUAAGGUGUCAUUCAUCCUCCAUCUAAAGGAGCCAGUUGGUGUUAGUUUCAUUUCCAUCUUAACAGCAUUAUGGUCGGAGCAGGUUUUUGGGCAGAUUUCCACUUUUCUUGUCUUUGGUGCCAUUCCUCUAGUUACCCAUAUUUGGUCAAUUCUUGUCCAUGUCAUUUUGGCUUCAGAAAAGAAGGUUCCUUCUUUAGCCAUGGGGUGUCUUGUUCUCCAAAUGUCAACUAAGUCCAAGUUGUCUGUCAUCUCAAAAAAAGUUUUCUGUAGUCUACCAUCCUUAGUGACUACCUGUCUUUGUGCCUUGUCCAUGUUUGUAGAUACCACUCCAUUCAUGUCUCCCAUCAAAAUCAUAUUGUAAUCCAGAUAGUCCAUCAGGGUCUCAUGCAACUUCUUAAAAAAAUCAGAUUUCCCCUCAUUUGGUGCAUAAAUUCCUACUAUCAAAAUUUUUUCUCCUUGUGUUUGAAUUUCGAUUGCCACAAAUCUUCCUUGGUCAUCUUUAAAGAUAAAUUUCGGUGAUAAUUUGUCCUUUGCAUAAAUCACAACCCCUCUUUUUUUAACCUUGUCCGAUGAAAUAAACUCCUGCCCAAGUCUUUUAUUAAUCAAUAAUUUCCUGUGUAGCCUUGUUAUAUGUGUUUCUUGUAGACAAAUCAAGUCCAAUUGUUACUUUUUUAAUAAAUGAAACACAGAUCUCCUUUUCUGGGGGGAGUUCAAGCCAUUACAAUUCCAGCUUAAUAGUUGCAGAGCCAUGAUGUAACUACUUUACUUCUCCUCCAACAGCACCCAGUGCCUGUUCCUGUUCUGUCGGUGGUAUCACCUUUUUCAGGUGGUCUUUUAGUUCCAGAGAUAAAUCUGGUAUGUCUAAAGUUUCUCUUACAAGUUCUCUUAGCUCUCCUGUGACUUUCUUCUGCAGGUCUUCUCCGUGGUCUCUCCAAAAUUUGUCUUUGUCGUCUUCUGAUCUUAUUUUUAUCUUCUUUCCUUUAUAGCUAAAGGAUAGGCCUUGGGGGAAUUCCCACCUAAAAAUAAUUCCGUUGCUUUUCAGCAGAGUAACCAAAUCUUUAUAGUUGGACCUAAGGUCCAAAAGAUGUUUCGGGAUAUCCUUGAAUAUCUCCACUUUUGACUGUUGUAUUUCCAAGGUCUUCUGGAAAUGCAGGCUCAAGAUUUUAUCUCUCUCUUCUUUUUUUCGGAGGGUGAUCAAACAGUCUCUCACCCUGUUCUUUCUCCCUCCUCUUCCAAGCCUAAAAGCACUCACUAUCUUGAAACUGUCCUUCCCCAAAUCUGGGUUCCAAAAGUCUGCAAAUUCCUGCGUAAGAAAUUCAAUCAAAUUGUCCUUCUCCACUUCAGGUACAGCCCUGACCCUUAAAUUCACUUGUUUCUCCUUCAACUCAAUCAUAGACAAAAUUGGCUUAUGGUCUUCAAGUUGUUUAUGUAGCGGUGGUAUCUUCUCUUCUACCACGGUAGCUGUAGCAGUAGCAAUUUCUUUAGCCUCUUCAGCUGUCUUACGUGUCGAAGUAGAUUCCUGUAAUAGUUUCUGAAUAGUUUCUGUAUUAGUGUUUACCUUCUGUCCCAAAUUAUUAAUACUUGUCGUAUUUUGAUUAAUACUUGUCGUGUUUUGAUCAAUUUUACCCGAUGCCUCGGCUACUUGUUUACUUAUUCUUUCCAAAGAUUCAUUAAUUUUAGCUGCCAUCAGCUGCCAUGCCUUUGGGUUUAGAUUGUGCCGAUGAGGUUACUGUUGGUAGACCAGGAGGGCCAGAUGUCGAAGCCCUUCUUUGCAGCCCACCGUUGGUACGAAAUACUUUGCCAGACCUUGUUGCUUGUAACAAAUCUAUCUUCUCUUUCCCAUCUGCCAUAACCCUCAAGAUAUAAGCCAAGGUCAGUCUCACAGUCAGAGUCAGAGUCAGAGUUGUUUUGAAGUGGAAAGUUCCCUUGGGAAAUUGAAGUGGAAAAUUCCCCUAAGCCAGCUGCAGUUGUAACAAAUUCAAACUUCCUCUUGGGGGACACUGUAACAGUCUAAAAUGUCUUAAAAUAAUUGACUUCUCCCUUUAGCCCCCCAAUUCACCGAAAAGACAACAGUUUCUAUCUCAAUCUGUUACUUUAAAACCAGGAGAUACCUGUCAGCAAUAUUGUAACAAAGUUGUAUCUCAGAUGCAGAGUUAACUGUCAAAAAGUGCUUUCAGCGGCAGCGCCGUUUCCAAUACGGCAGAACCCGUUCCAGGGUUUUAAGCGGUGGUUUUUGUCUCCUCUUCCUCUUUUUUCAGGGAAAUAAUGUUCAAACCUUCUCCCCCCUCCUCCCCUGCAGUCAAGGGGGGAAAAUCACAGUUUGAUGCUCGAAUUAUAAUCGUUUUCCAACGUCUUUUAAAGCUUCCGCUUUCAAGUUCAAUGCUUUACUCCGUUUACAAGAGCGGGAGGCAGACUUCCUUUUUAUACCUCUCCGCUUUGGUACCGAAUUAUUCAAAAGUUUUGUAAAGUUCCUUUAAUUGGAUAGUUAACCUACGGAUCAUUGUUUUAAAGCCAAAUUGUCCCAGGAAAAAGGCAGCGCUCUCCGGCAACAGCUGCGCGGCUUCACUCCACGGAAGAAGCAGACGACUCACAGCACAGCGCCACUUCCCCGCUCAGCUCCGGAGCCCGUUGCCGGGUUCCUUUGCUGAUUGGGGGGGCGCAAAAGGUGCCCGCCGAGUCCCACGGUCACAGGCUUCACCCGCCUGUGAUUUUUCAAGGGUCCCCGCUGCGCCGUAGCGGUGCAGACCCUGUUUCCGUGGAGCCAGUUCCCUCCAGAUCAGAGGGAAUCCGCCAUUACCGAUGGCGCCACCCCGGAAGUCCGAGACCCAAGUUUGCUUUAAAGGGAAAGUAGGCUGGCCUUGUGACACCCUCUGCUGGCCAAAAGCACUGCCCCAGAAUCUGAACCACCCCCAGUACUCCUAAUUGGAAUUUAUAGAGCACAAAACUGAAGUUUGAUCGGCACUUCAACCACUAGGGAGCUUCUAGGUGCUUUCUGCACCACCUAGAGUACCCACAAAAUUGUGGCUUCUACUGGCAACACACAGGAGAACAAAUGAAAGACAAACACAAGGGGCAGGGAAAACCUGGAAAGGGCCAUACCAAAUGGACAUCCGGUGUGAAGAGGUCACUUUCCCCACUGCUGAACAAUGCCACAGGUAGAGGAGAUGGAAUGCCAGAAGUGUUUUCCGGGGCAAGGGGAGCUGCUGGGAAAUUGAACUACGGGCUCAAAAUGUUACUUUUUAAAAAAGUUGCUGCCUUUCUAGACAUUGCCAUUCAAAUGGCGUGCAUGCAUCCUGUGAUUGAUAGUGCAAGGCGGGACUUACCUGACCCUCCACCAAUAUUUUAUUCAAGUCGGCACCACUGGUCAGGUGAUUUACAAAUUAAAUAAAUACAUAAAUCUCCUUCCUUUGCACAAGUUCCAGCUUGUCAAUAUCCUCAUUUAUGCUUUUUAAAAUUUAUUUGCCCUUCAUCUGAAGAUUUUACAUUAUAAACAUACAGGAUGAAAGCAUGGCUUUCUCAAAAACAAGACAAGCCAGAGAAAUCUCUCCUUUUCUUUUCUUUUCUUUUCUUUUCUUUUCUUUUCUUUUCUUGGAUGGAGUUAUAAACUUUGUUGAUCAGUGGACUGCUGUGGAAAUUGUGUAUUUUGAUUUCAGUAAGGCUUUUGACAAAGUCCUCUGUGAUAUUUAUGUGAGGAUGCUGGUAAAAUGAGACUGAAUGAGGUAACUGUUAGGUGGAUUUGACGGACCGACCCCAAAGAGAACUCCUUCAUGGUUCCUCCUCAUCCUGGGAAAAAGUGACCAGAGGGGUGCUGCAGGGUUCUGUUCUGGGCCCGUUGUUGUUCAAUGUCUUGAUAAAUGACAUGGAUGAAGGAACUGAGGGGAUGCUCAUCACAUUUGCAGACAAAACCAAACAGAUCGUAAUGGCGCCCUCUCUCUUCUUCAGCAACAGACAGGGAGACAAAGAACAGUGCAAAAGCACAGCAGAGCGGAAGAGAUAAGACUGACUUCCGUUCUUACAAUUUCCAAUCCUAGGAUAGUAAACAGGGGCAUGUGACAUACUAGCCACAUAUCCAGCAACCAGAGGAGUAAAUUGCUAACCCACUACACAUGAUUGCAGGUGAUAUAAGGAAAAAAACCUGCUUCUUUUUCCUUAUGGGGUACCCAAGGGCCCAUAUACAGUCCUUUUGUAGGUUCUCUAUUGGUAGGAGAAAAUAACAGAGACCAACCAGAGAAUAUUGAGAAGCAAAGCAGCUAGUAAGCCUUUUCUUUAUUAACUGUUGCAACAGGGUUCUCCACCCACACGCAGGAGAGAGGAGGAGGACCCUGAGCCCUGCAUGCAAGCCCUUAUAUAGACAUAUAAGCCCUUAUAUAUGCAUGUAAGCCCUUAUAUAUUUUUAAUUGCCCGCCCUGGAGUCCAAGACCACCCCCAGAAACAUCAUACAUACAUCACAGAAAAGGCAGUCUACAACUGAAAUCGGAGUGCAUUGUUUUUACCUUUUCUGCCAGGUUACCUGUUAAUGGUCACUUGACUAGAUUACCUGGGGAGGCUGGCCAUUCUUUUGUAAUGAUAAUACUUCAUUCCUGAGCCAGGUCACAGGCUCACCCUAUUCACACCUUAAAUGUGCCCUUAAGGCAGGAUUUGUGAGGACAGAGACAAUGGGGAGGUUUGUGCAUUUCCUUUUACCUUGUAGAGAAAUAUUUGAGGUGACUGAAAGAGUGAAAGAGUCAAAAUGGCUUUAGGACUUUUCCUGUGGGUUUUGGACAUGUGGUUUAUAUAUUAAUAUAUGUGUUUGCUUGGUACAUUUAGAAUAUAUAUAUAUAUAUAUAUAUAUAUAUAUAUAUAUAAAACCUAAAAAUCCUUAUAACAAUUCCCCCCUUUGGGGAUAUAAUUUUUUCUAAAAAAUUGUUGCCUCACAAAUAAUAACCUGGUAUGUUGUAAAUGGAUGCUUCAUGUAAAUCUUAAGUGACUUGCGUGUCAGGCCUCUUAAGGCUAUUUGCAGGUGUAGCAGUGCACAUAGCUGGACAUAGGAUAUCACAUAAAAAAUAACACAUGUAGCAUUUUAUUCUUAAAUUACUUGUGGCAUUCUAGCACUUUGGGAGAAACAUUCUCAAUAAUGGUCUAUGCUUUACACUUAGCGGGAAGGUCAAAUAAUGAGUGAAAAAUGCAGUUUGUUUUGUUUCUGCCUUUUUUGUGUGUUCCCAGGUGUCAAAGCUAGCUCUCGUCUGGUCUCACACCUCCGUCAUAUCACAGCAGCAACAAUCCCUGGUGAAUCCCCGUAGGGCUUUCAUAUUGACCAUGUCACCUUGUAGUGGCACAGGUUUGGACAUUUCUUGAGAGAGAUGUCUUUGCCUUGGCCUUUCUACGGGAUUUUUAUUAUUAUAGGCUCUGGUCUUCCACUCUAGGGAAGUUGCUCAGUUGUUCCUAAGGGACCAAAAAGCUAAUUGCAGCCUGGAUACAAUUGUCCAAUUCAAACGGAGUCCAAUUAGAAUUUAUAUAGCCCCAUGGCUCGCCGACGUGGAGUUCCGGCCCCACCUGGUGGCGGCUGUCAGCCUGGACCUUGUACGCAUCCUUGGCCUGGCGCAGUUGCUCCUGUGAUGGCCUGGGAAUCUGAUUCAGAGGUUGAACCGGAGGAAUCCCAGCCUGCACAGGAGUCCCUGCCUCCAGGGCCGGCUGAGCCAGGGCAGGGCCUUGAAUCUGAAGGGCCCGCACCUGUGCCGGAUCCUCAGGAGCAGACACCAGAUGAAUCCACUCUGGCUCCGGGGGUGAUUGAGGACCCAUUGCCUGCAGGUGCUCCUCUCCCAGCCCUGUCAGGGGAAGGUGAGGCUGCCUCUGGGUCCAGUAACCCUCCAGCCUCUCCUGAGCUGCAGAGGCUGAGGGCAGAGAGGCGGAAGGAACUAAGUUCUAUCAGGAGGAGUGCUUGCCUUAAGACCAGGAGAGGCGAGUCACCUGUGGGCCGGGACCGCCCUAGGCCCCAGAGGAGAUAAAGGCCAGUCAGCCCAGUCUCAGGUUGUUCCAACGUCGUUGGAAACCUGUUUCUGCCAACACUCAGACCUGUUCUUCCAGAGUUCCCAACCACGCCUGGCUUCUUGCUUUGGACCCCGCUUCGCCUUUGGUGGACAGUCUCCAGACCCUCGACCCAGGACCGGACUCUGACCACGCCUCACAGUAACCCCCCCCCCCGGGACCAGCACAGUUUGCUCCUGCCACACCCGCACUCCCCCUUCGUUGGGGUGCGUUCGGGAAGAGCCAGAAGCCAUGGCCGACCAGGCAGCUGCGUUGCUGGCAUUGGCCCUGGAGAACCAGGCCUUGACUCACACUGUUCAGCAGCUAAACAAUGCGGCUACGGCGCUUCAGCAGCAGUUGGAUGCCUUACUGGCUCCUGGGGCCGACGCCCCAGUUUUUGGCAAGUACCCAGUGGCCCUGCCAGAGAAUUUUGAUGGGUCCCCGGCCAGCUUUCCCAUGUUCCUCGCCCAGGCCAAGCUGUAUAUUCAGGGGCGAGCCCGGAAUUUUCCUGACGAACGCACCAAGGUGCACUUCUUUUAUAUAUAUAUAUAUAAAUAUUUAUUAAAGUUUUCACAAUAUUACAAAAUGAAAAAUAAAAAAUAAAAAAUAGUUAAAAACAAUUCAAUCUUUUCGUCACUUAUCUUUCAUUUGCUUGUUUCCCGGACCUCCUCAUACCUCCCUUUUUUGUAUUCCAGUUCAAUUUAUUAGUUCAGCAAUUCCUUUCCCUCCUUAUUUUAUCCUGAUCUUUAAUCUUAAUAUAUUAUAGCAUUAAAUUUUUACCUGUUAAUCCAUUUUUUCAUUCUUUUAUACCAUUACAGCUAGAAACCACUUAACUUCAAUCCAACAUCAAUCUAACAUUCACUAAUUUUGCAGUAUUUCUGUAAAUAGUCUUUAAAUUUCUUCCAGUCUUCUUCCACCGACUCUUCUCCCUGGCCUCGGAUUCUGCCAGUCAUUUCCGCCAAUUCCAUGUAGUCCAUCAUUUUCAUCUGCCAUUCUUCCAGAGUGGGUAGGUCUUGUGUCUUCCAAUACUUUGCAAUAAGUAUUCUUGCUGCUGUUGUGGCAUACAUAAAGAAAGUUCUAUCCUUCUUUAACACCAAUUGGCCGACUAUGCCCAGGAGAAAGGCCUCUGGUUUCUUCAAGAAGGUAUAUUUAAAUACCUUUUUUAAUUCAUUAUAAAUCAUCUCCCAGAAAGCCUUAAUCCUUGGGCACGUCCACCAUAGGUGAAAGAAUGUACCUUCAGUUUCUUUACAUUUCCAACAUUUAUUAUCAGGCAAAUGAUAGAUUUUUGCAAGCUUGACUGGGGUCAUGUACCACCUGUAUAUCAUUUUCAUAAUAUUCUCUCUUAAGGCAUUACAUGCCGUAAACUUCAUACCUGUGGUCCAUAACUGUUCCCAGUCAGCCAUCAUUAUGUUAUGUCCAACAUCCUGUGCCCAUUUAAUCAUAGCAGAUUUCACCGUUUCAUCCUGAGUAUUCCAUUUCAACAGCAAGUUAUACAUCUUUGACAAAAUCUUAGUUUUGGGUUCUAACAGUUCUGUUUCUAAUUUUGAUUUUUCCACCUGGAAGCCGAUUUUCUUGUCCAAAUUAUAUGCCUCCAUUAUCUGAUAAUAAUGAAGCCAGUCUCGCACUUUGUUUAGUUUUUCAAAACUCUGCAAUUUCAGUCUAUCUCCAUCUUGUUCCAAAAUUUCCCAAUAUUUCGGCCAUUUGACCUCCAUAUUGAGUUUUUUCUGAGCUUUCGCUUCCAUCGGUGACAGCCACCUUGGAGUUUUAUUUUCCAAUAAGUCCUUAUAUCUUAUCCAGACAUUAAACAGUGCUUUCCUGACAAUAUGGUUUUUAAAUGCUUUAUGCGCUUUGACCUUAUCAUAGCACAAAUAUGCAUGCCAUCCAAAUACGUUGUUAAAACCUUCUAAAUCCAAAAUGUCUGUGUUUUCUUUCAACCAGCAAAAAGCUGCUGAUUCAUAGUAAAGUUUAAAGUCUGGCAGGGCAAAUCCACCUCUUUCCUUUACAUCUGUUAGUAUUUUAAAUUUUAUUCUAGGCUUCUUGCCCUGCCAGACAAAUCUAGAAAUAUAUCUCUGCCACUUCUUGAAACAGUCCAUUUUGUCCACAAUUUGCAAUGUUUGAAACAAAAACAACAUUCUAGGCAAUACAUUCAUUUUUAUCGCAGCAAUACAGCCUAGCAGUGAAAGCUUCAAAUUUGACCAAAUUUCUAAAUCUUUUUUCACUUCAGCCCAGCAUUUUUCAUAGUUGUCUUUAAAUAAAUUCCCAUUUUUUGCUGUCAUGUUAAUCCCCAAGUAUUUGACUUUCUUGACCACUGUUAAACCUGUCUCAUUCUGAAACCUCUCUCUCUCAAUUGGUGUUAAAUUUUUCUCUAAAACCUUGGUUUUUGAUUUAUUCAGUUUAAACCCUGCAACCUGACCAAAUUCUUGAAUCAGUUUUAAAACCCUUUUGGUACUAGAUUCUGGCUCCUGUAACGUCAGUACUAAGUCAUCUGCAAAUGCUCUCAAUUUGUACUGUUUGGCUCCGACCUGUAUACCUUUAACCAACUGGUCCCUUCUUAUCAUAUUCAGCAGAACCUCCAGGACCGAUAUAAAAAGCAGUGGGGAGAUUGGGCAACCUUGUUGUGUCCCUUUUUCUAUCUUAAAUUCUUCCAUCACCACAUUAUUUACAAUUAAUUUAGCCUUUUGUUCAAAAUAUAUUGCACUUAUACCGUUUUCAGAACCUUGGCCUACCCCCAUACCCUGUAAGUUCUUUUUCAUAAAAGUCCAAGAAAUGUUGUCAAAAGGUGCACUUCUUGAUCAGCUUGCUGAAGGACCAGGCAGCCAAGUGGGCUUUGCCAUUGCUCCGGCAAGACUCUCCUUUGCUGACAGACUAUGUAACCACUUGGAGACUGCGUUUGGCAACCCUAUGAAGGGGAGCCAAGCCAAUCGGGCGAUUCAUCGGUUGAGACAGGACAAGUCCACAGCCGCCACCUACACCACAGAAUUUUGGCUGUUGGUGCAGGACUUGUCCUGGAAUGACUCUGCACUGCGGGACCAGUAUCUUGAGGGGCUUUCGGAUGAGAUACUGGACCAGCUGGCCACGAUGGAUUGCCCCACCUCGCUGGACGCCCUCAUUCAGUGGAGCCUGCAGAUAGACGAUUGUUUGGAGGACCGUUGUCAGGCCCGGGACCACCAGCACUCCCAGCUUCCGGCUCCAGUCUUUACCAGCAGGUCCACGACCAUAACCGAGUUGCCGGAGGAGCCUAUGCAGCUCGGGGCAGCACGGCCUCGCCUCUCCCCCGCGGAGAAGACGCGGCGGCGGGAGGGGAACCUGUGUCUCUACUGUGGCAGAAGCGGACACUACGCCCGAUCCUGUCCUGAGAAGGUGCCGGCCGCAGGGAAACCACCAACCCCGGUAGCUGAAGGCCCUGCUACCUGGGGUCCCAAACAGCACAUGGGCCCGCACCAGUGGAAUUGCAACACCUCAUGGUCCUGGUGCAUCUAUACCCUCCUGGUGUGCCCUGGAUUCUCAGUCAUGCUCUGGUAGAUUCGGGGGCAACCCUCUCCUAUAUAGACUCUGCCUUCGCCGCCCAUCAUCAGGUGCCAUUCCAGGACAAGCCAGAACCGGUACAGGUGGAGGCAAUUGACAGACGGCUCCUGCGCUUGGGUGCCGUUACUCAGGAGACUCAGCCCUUGGUCCUGUGUCACCAGCAGCACCGGGAGGUGCGCACCUUGGACAUUGCCACCAUGCCCCGGUUUCCCCUGGUGCUCGGGAUGGACUGGCUGGAAUCUCACAAUCUUCAGAUCGACUGGGUCAAUCAGACUGUGCUCUUCCCAGACCCAUGUCCCCAUGCUCGUUCCAAGAUGCUAGCAGUCACCCCCACGGGGGAAGCUGCAUCAAUGCUCCCCGCUGUUUACCAGGACUACCAAGAAGUGUUUGAGGAACAGGGGGCAGACCAGCUGCCACCUCAUUGAUCUUUCGACUGCGGCAUAGACCGCCAGCCCGGGGUGCCACUGCCUGUGAGCUGCCUAUACUCUCUUACGGAGCCAGAGCACUAAGCCUUGUAGGACUUCCGUCGCAAGUGUUGGAAAACUAGCCCCUUCGGGAGAGGCUGGCCUCUCCCCCUGCUCCUGGGACUUGUUUACCGGUGAUCUUCCUCUGGCUGGCAUCCCAGACAGACCAGGGAGAUCUUGAUAGGCGACAUCUCCCAGCGUGGAAGAUGCACACCCCCUUCUCCCCUUUCACAGGGGAAAGAAGAAUAGUCAGAAAGUCCUUUUACAUCUUGUUUAUUUCUGACUUUACAGCUCUACAAAAAAAAACAUGUCCGAUCAGUUCAAACUUCUCCAAGCAAGUGACACAGACUUCCUUUACAAACGCAACAGGAAGGUCUCAUAUUACACACGGAACAAAGCUUUGUGUAUCCCGUGAACUGCCUGCAAGAUUCUUUCCCAGGACUAGCCACAUCAUGUGAUGUAAACAAGCUGGCAGUUUGCAGCUGCAUUGUACUCAUAUUGUAACAUACUCCCCCAUAUGAAUCAACGUUAGCUGCGAACAAAGCUUGAUCCAGAGAAGAAUACAAACAGUUGUUAUACACGUAACAAUCACCUGUUGUAUCAGUUCCACCUUUGGAACUACCUGCUACUGGUUUCACCAGUGUAACUCUCUGGUUGUCUGUUUUCCAAGGAAUGAGUGCUUCUGCAUUACCUUGGCUACGGAAGGUAGUGUUACGCUUAGCAACACUCAGUUGUGUCUUUGUCUCUGACUUAGACACACCUUUAACUCGUCUUGUGUUGUCAACAAUAGUAACACAUGCAACAGCUGAGUUAGCAAAUUCUUGAGAAUACCUCUUGGGUGGUACUCCCUUUGUGACUCUCUCAGACCUGCGUAUUAAGUGCUGAUCCUGUUUGCUGACUGGUUCAUCCUCAGGACCUUUUGGAGAACCAUGCCCAACAGUAAACAGUGGUUCAGUCACUUCUAGUCUAGCUUUAACCUGUGUGGGUCUAGACAUUGUGUGAGAACCCUUCUCAAUGACUGUGUCAACAGAACUCUCUGAGCUUUCUGUGUCAAUUUCAGUACCAGAAUAAUCAGAAUUAUCAUCUGAAUUGUCAUCAGUGGGAAAUGUGUGAAAAACCUCUCUCUCCUGUCCAGGAGUGCUCUCUAGAAACUUUGUGAGAAUCACCUGACCAGAUUCAAAUAAAAUUACUCUGUAGAAACCUUUCUCACCCAACCUGUUGAAACCUUUCUCACCCAAGUGUAACAAAAAGAAGAUAAAGAUUCAGCCCAGAACUCAUGUGGUAAAUGUGAACUCAGCAAUUGUGCCUUCAUGCCAUUUUGCAACUCUUUGUUCACCUUUACACAAAUACUCUUGUUCCAUGAAGCUUCAGAAACAGCAAUCUUAUGCUCUAUCCCUUGUUUCUCAAGGAAAUCCUGAAAAUCCUGUAAAAGAAAAACUGGCUUUUCAUCUGUGAAAAGAAAAUCAAUAUCUGCAUUAUGAACAGUUUUACCUUUGUCACAAAACUCCUGAAACCUUGCUAAGGCUUCUUUUGGUGAUUCCAAUACAUAAAUCCAUACAUAUUGAGAAUAAUGAUCAACACAUAGAAGAUAGUAUUUUGUAUUGCCUCUAGAUGGUGCUAGAGGACCAAUUACAUCAGCAUACACUCGCUGAAAAACACUGGUUAUCUUUGCAGCCUUCUUAUCCUUGGAUACACCUGCAAGUGAAAACAUUUUAGUAUCACAUGCAGUGCACAUUCUGUAAUCUGACUCUUCAAAAAUCAAUAGAUACAGUCCAUCUUUCUCUCUGGCAGAAAGAUACAGCUCUCCAUCUUUAAAGAUUUUGCAACUCUCUUUAUCAUAGGACAACACCAGUCCUUUCUUUGUCAUCUGAGAAACAGAGCUCCCUUUUGCUCCUUUCUGCUGACGUGGCUUUUUACAGUUCCUCUGAAUAUGCCCAGGCUGACCACAAUUGUAACAACGGACAACGUUCAGAGCUAUAGCUUGCUCUUCUCUAGCAAUAGCAGUGGGGGUGCUUGUAUUCCAAGCUUCACUCCCCCCAUCAGCAACAACUGUUGCAGCAAGGCGGUCUCUCUCAUUAAGAACCACAGAACAAAUUCUCUCCACUGUAAGAUCCCGGGCAGGUAGAGAACCAAGUUGACUUGCAACCGUUUUAUAAGUUCGAUUAAGGCAGUUAAUUAUCAUAAAGCAAAAUAUCUCUUCCUGAAGAGGAAAGUUUCUUUGCGCCAUCUGCUGGCGUAGAUUUUUCAUCUCUGUCAAAUGCACCAUCACAUCUCCAUCAGGCGCCAGUCUCAUGUUUGUGAGCUUCUCAAAAUGCAGCAGUGUGGUGCCUGUGGCAUCCCUUUGAUGGAUUCUCUGCAGCGUUUCCAAAACCUCGCGCGCGAAUUGCAAAUCUGCUAUAUGCACAAGUUGCUCAUCAGAGACACACAGAAUAAUAGCCGACCAGGCUUUCACAUUCUGAGAAUUCCAAGCCGCUGUGGGUGCAGCUGGGAUGGGAUUUUCAAUCACUCCAAAUACCCUCUGACUCUGAAGCAGGGCUUUCAUUUUCACAGACCAUGAGGAAUAAUUGUCAUUAGUUAGGGGAGGUGGGUAAGGUAAACCUGCCCCUUUCUUGGCAUCCAUCUUGAAUCCAAGUUACAGCUUUCAGCUAAGAGCUGAAAAAUCUAACAGUCUGUGAUCAGCAAGCUUCGCUGAAAAACCAACAGCUUAUUUCAGCCUCUGAGCUUUUUACAGCUCUGGCUUGCUUCUCUCUUGCCUCUGAAGCUAAUGAGCCCAUAAAUCAGCCCGUAAAGUACUCACGACUUGUUGGCAGGCAACGGCAGUUUUAUCAGCUCCCCUGGAAUGCUUGGUACGUGGCCUUCUCUCCGCUCUGUUUAAUCCAAAACAGCAGCCUUUCUCAGUGAACCGGAGAACGAUUCAAUCCGCGUUCACCAUCAGCCAUAAAUCAGCAACCGUCAGGGGUCCGUGGAACGUCGUAAAUCAGCAAAACACGUCUCCGCCAGGUGUUGCAGCUGUUACUUUGUAGCCACCAUCCGUGUGCUACCACUUGUUGGAAAACUAGCCCCUUCGGGAGAGGCUGGCCUCUCCCCCUGCUCCCGGGACUUGUUUACCGGUGAUCUUCCUCUGGCUGGCAUCCCAGACAGACCAGGGAGAUCUUGAUAGGCGACAUCUCCCAGCGUGGAAGAUGCACACCCCCUUCUCCCCUUUCACAGGGGAAAGAAGAAUAGUCAGAAAGUCCUUUUACAUCUUGUUUAUUUCUGACUUUACAGCUCUACAAAAAAAACAUGUCCGAUCAGUUCAAACUUCUCCAAGCAAGUGACUCAGACUUCCUUUACAAACGCAACAGGAAGGUCUCAUAUUACACACGGAACAAAGCUUUGUGUAUCCCGUGAGCUGCCUGGAAGAUUCUUUCCCAGGACUAGCCACAUCAUGUGAUGUAAACAAGCUGGCAGUUUGCAGCUGCGUUGUAUUCAUAUCGUAACAGCAAGAACCUGUAGCGCGGGUUCAUUCGGCCCUCUACCACGCCCACCGACGCUCUAGUACUCUUUGUUAAGAAGUGUGGGGAGCUUCGUCCCUGCCAUGAUUACCAGGCACUGAAUAAGAUUACCAUCCCGUGUGCGAGUAUUUGGAGCUCGCAAAGCUGACAGAUGCAAUGAGGGGUAAACCUAAAAAAUUGGUGAAAGAAGAAUGGGAAUGUUUAAAUAAUUAUUUAGGGGACAAGGGUUCAGCAAGAAAUAUCUGGCUAUUUUUAGAAUGAUGCCGCAUAGAGAAAUGUUCCCUGAUACCAAGAUGAGGGAUUCCUUUGGAAUGCAGAUAGAGAUAAUUGAUAAGAAUAAUGAUCUGUUGUGAGCUUGAUGGAAGUGUGCAAUAGAUGAGCCUUCCUGCUUUGGCUCAUCUUCCUUUUUUUUUUCUUUUUUUCUUUUUCUUUUUUUCUUUUUUCUUUUCUUUUAUCUUUUCCAUAGUUGCUUAUGUUCUGUGUCAUGUACUUUGAUAUUUGUUGUACUUUUUAAAGUUUUGUUUUCAUUACUGUUAAGGAAUUUUCCUUUGUAAUUUUGGUUGUCUAUAUUUAUAUGUACCUGUUUAAAGCAAAAUAAAAGUUUUUUUUUAAAAAAAAGGUUACCAUCCCGGACCAGUAUCCCUUGCCCUUUAUUGCGGAGUUGCUGGAGCGGGUGCAAGGGGCGCAGAUGUUCACCAAGCUGGACCUUCGAGGGGCCUACAAUUUGAUUCGGAUCCGAGCUGGGGAUGAGUGGAAGACAGCAUUUGGGACACGGUAUGGGCAGUUUGAAUACCUGGUAAUGCCUUUCGGGUUGCGCAAUGCGCCUGCCGUGUUCCAACGGUACAUCAACCACGUGUUCCAGGACUUGCUAGACAAGUACGUGGUGGUGUACCUAGAUGACAUUCUGAUUUACUCCCAUGACCCAGCUCGCCACGAGGGUCAUGUCCGGUCCAUGUUGCAGCGCUUGCGGGAGCAAUGCCUGUAUGCUAAGCUCAGCAAGUGAAAGUUCCACCAGCAGUCAGUGGACUUCCUCGGUCACCAACUCUCCCCCUGAUGGGGUGCAGAUGGAUCCCGGGAAUACGGUAGCAGUUCGGGAGUGGGCGGCACCCUGGAAUCGCAAGGACCUACAGUGAUUCCUGGAAUUCGCCAACUAUUACUGGACCUUCAUUGUGGACUAUGCUCAUCGCGCCACCCCGCUGACCCGACUUGCUGUGCCCCAAGACACCGUUCUCCUGGGACAAGGAGGCAGAGGUGGCGUUUCAGGGGUUGAAAGCCUGUCUCCAGAGGGCGCCGCUUUUACAGCAUCCUAAUCCCUCUCGUCCCUUCAUGGUGGAGACUGACGCCUCCAGUACGGCUCUCGGUGUCGUCUUGUCCCAGCAGCAAGGACCUGAUGCGCUGCUGUUACUCUGCGCCUACUAUUCCUGCCAGCUUCUUCUGGCGGAGCGUAACUAUACCGUGUGGGAGUGGGAACUACUGGCCAUAAAAGUGGCCUUUGAGGUCUGGGACCAUCAUUUUGAGGGGGCAAGACACCUGGUGGAAGUGAGUACUGACCACUGGAACCUGGAGUACCUCCAGACUGGGUCGACCACUUGGCAUUGGAGGAGUUCACUUACAACAAUGUGGUGAACGGCUCCACCCAGCAGACCCUGUUCCAGGCCACUUAUGGUUACCAUCCGUGUUUGUUCCCGGACGUGCUGCCACAUCUGCAGUCCCCACGGUGACAGAUUGGCUCCAGGAGCUCCAGUCUCAGCACCAACUAUUGAUGGAGCUGUGCUGGUCCUGGGGGGGGGGUACCAUGAGGCGUGGUCAGAGUCCGGUCCUGGGUCGAGGGUCUGGAAACUGUCCACCAAAGGCGAAGCGGGGUCCAAAGCAAGAAGCCGGGCGUGGUCGGGAACUCCGGAAGAACAGGUCUGGGUGCUGGCAGAAACAGGUUUCCAACGAUGUUGCUCCCGCAACCUGGGCUGUGUGAUGGCCUGGGAAUCCAAUUCAGAGGCCGAACCAGAGGAACUCCAGCCUGCACAGGAGUCCCCACCUCCAGGGCCGGCUGAGCGGGGGCAGGGCCUUGACUCUGAGGCACCUGCACCUGUGAUGGAUCCUCAGGAGCAGGCACCAGGUGAAUCUACUCUGGCUCCGGAGGGGAUUGAGGACACAUUGCCUACAGGUGCGCCUCUCCCAGCCCUGUCAGGAGAAGGCGAGCCUCCCCCUGGGUGCAGUAACCCUCCAGCCUCUCCUGAGCUGCAGAGGCUCAGGGCAGAGAGGCGGAGGGAACUGGUUUCUCCCAGGAGGAGUGCUCGCCUUAAGGCCAGAAGAGGCGGGUCACCUGAGGGCCGGGACCGCCCCUGGCCUCAGAGAGGAUAAAGGCCAGUCAGCCCGGUCCCAGGUUGCGGGAGCAACGUCGUUGAAGAGCUGUUUCGGCCAGCACCCAGUCCUGUUCCUUCAGAGUUCCUGUCCUUGCCUGGCUCCUCGCUUCGGACCCCACCUUGCCCGUGGAGGACAGUCUACAGACCCUCGACCCAGGUCCUGGACCUCACCCCACGGUAACCUCCCCCCGGGACCAGCACAGGCUGACUGGCCUUUAUCUCCUCUUGGGCCUAGGGCGGUCCCGGCCCAAAGGUGACCUGGCUCAGGAAUGAAGUAUUAUCAUUACAAGAGAAUGGCCAGCCUCCCCAGGUAAUCUAGUCAAGUGACCAUUAACAGGUAACCUGGCAGAAAAGGUAAAAACAAUGCACUCCGAUUUCAGUUGUAGACUGCCUUUUCUGUGAUGUAUGUAUGAUGUUUCUGGGGGUGGUCUUGGACUCCAGGGCGGGCAAUUAAAAAUAUAUAAGGGCUUACAUGCAUAUAUAAGGGCUUAUAUGUCUAUAUAAGGGCUUGCAUGCAGGGCUCAGGGUCCUCCUCCUCUCUCCUGCGUGUGGGUGGAGAACCCUGUUGCAACAGUUAAUAAAGAAAAGGCUUACUAGCUGCUUUGCUUCUCAAUAUUCUCUGGUUGGUCUCUGUUAUUUUCUCCUACCAAUAGAGAACCUACAAAAGGACUGUAUAUGGGCCCUUGGGUACCCCAUAAGGAAAAAGAAGCAGGUUUUUUUCCUUAUAUCACCUGCAAUCAUGUGUAGUGGGUUAGCAAUUUACUCCUCUGGUUGCUGGAUAUGUGGCUAGUAUGUCACAUGCCCCUGUUUACUAUCCUAGGAUUGGAAAUUGUAAGAACGGAAGUCAGUCUUAUCUCUUCCGCUCUGCUGUGCUUUUGCACUGUUCUUUGUCUCCCUGUCUGUUGCUGAAGAAGAGAGAGGGCGCCAUUACGAUCUGUUUGGUUUUGUCUGCAAAUGUGAUGAGCAUCCCCUCAGUUCCUUCAUCCAUGUCAUUUAUCAAGACAUUGAACAACAACGGGCCCAGAACAGAACCCUGCAGCACCCCUCUGGUCACUUUUUCCCAGGAUGAGGAGGAACCAUGAAGGAGUUCUCUUUGGGGUCGGUCCGUCAAAUCCACCUAACAGUUACCUCAUUCAGUCUCAUUUUACCAGCAUCCUCACAUAAAUAUCACAGAGGACUUUGUCAAAAGCCUUACUGAAAUCAAAAUACACAAUUUCCACAGCAGUCCACUGAUCAACAAAGUUUAUAACUCCAUCCAAGAAAAGAAAAGAAAAGAAAAGAAAAGAAAAGAAAAGAAAAGAAAAGGAGAGAUUUCUCUGGCUUGUCUUGUUUUUGAGAAAGCCAUGCUUUCAUCCUGUAUGUUUAUAUUGUAAAAUCUUCAGAUGAAGGGCAAAUACAUUUUAAAGAAGAAUAAAUGAGGAUACAGACAAGCUGGAAUAUUUGCAAAGGGAGGCGAUUUAUGUCUUUAUUUAAUCUGUAAACCACCCGACCCAGUGGUGCCAACUUGAAUAAAAUAUUGGUGGAGGGUCAGGUAAGUCCCGCCUUGCACUAUCAAUCACAUGAUGCAUGCACACCAUUUGAAUGGCAAUGUCUAGAAAGGCGGCAACUUUUUAAAAAAGUAAUAUUUUGAGCCCGUAGUUCAAUUUCCCAGCAGCUCCCCUUGCCCCGCAGAACACUUCUAGCAUUCCAUCUCCUCUACCUGUGGCAUUGUUCAGCAGAAAGUGACCUCUUCACAACGAAUUUCCAUUUGGUAUGGCCCUUUCCAGAUUUUUCCCUGCCCCUUGUGUUUGUCUUUCAUUUGUUCUCCUGUGUGUGUUGCCAGUAGAAGCCACAAUUCUGUGGGUACUCUAGGUGGUGCAGAAAGCACCUAGAAGCUGACUAGAGGUUGAAGUGCCGAUCAAACUUCAGUUUUGCGCUCUAUAAAUUCCAAUUAGCAGUACUGGGGGUGGUUCAGAUUCUGGGGCAGUGCUUUUGGCCAGCAGAGGGUGUCACAAGGCCAGCCUACUUUCCCUUUAAAGCAAACUUGGGUCUCCAGCUGUUUUUGGACUACAACUCCCAUCAUGCCUAGCUAGCAGGACCAAUGGGGAGAGACGAUGGGAACUGUAGUCCGGGAACUGCUGGGGACCCAAGUUUGGGAAAGCCUCCUUUAAAGCAACUUUUGCGUUUGGCCCGCAAAGAUGGGACCUGUCCACGUUUGUAUUUUCUUGUAUUUUGUUUUUCUCAUGACCUUUGUGCGGUUUUUAAAAAAUUCUUAAAAGGGCAAAUUGAAAGCGAAAUUGUAUGGCAAGUAGCAGAAGAAUAAAAUGUUGCAUUUGAAAAAAACACAAAGAAAACCUGGGGGUUGGCCUCCUCCAAUAUUUAAUAGGGGGGUAAAAAGACCCCUAUGUUAGGGGACAUUCGGCACAGAAACGUGUGUAUACCUUUAAGGAGUUUCUGGGUUAAUUGGUUGCAGCUGGCUGUGGCUGUAAAAAGGGAAAAGGAGCGUUUUGUAGCCUGCCUGCAGGAACAACGCCCACCAGAGUUUGUGUUUAUUAUUUUGUAAUAAAGUCUUCAUUUUAGUUUGGGUUUUUACACCUAUGUCUCCUGGAGUCACUCUGUCCUCUGCCACCAGCUGGAAAUCUCCCCCUCCAACAGGUUAUGGGCCCAGUCCCCAGUCCUGAGUGGGCAGAGACAGGGCAUGAAAAGAACCCAGAGACUGGAAGCAACUCAGCGUUUCUCAAGCAGCUGGCUGUGUGAAGGCAUCCGCAGGGAGUGUCUGUUUGAGACCAGGAGCUGAACAAUUCUUCAAGCCACGUGUGAGUAAGGACUGAGUGGAAAGCUGAACUCAAGGGGGGUGGGCUUCCUAUUUUCCAGUAGAGAAACUGAGAGAGUCCAAUUAUAUGUCAUGGAGUUUACAGCUGCAGGCAUUUUAAAGAAAGAACAAUGUUGGAAUGUUAUUGUUAACCCUCCUGUAAAAGAUGAGGAGGAUGAAGAAGUAGAUGAAGCAGACCAAAGGCUGGAGGACAAAGCCUAUGCCAAUUUAAUUUUGAGUUUAGAGAUGUCUCAGUUAUCUCAUGUGCGAGACCUUGAAACAGCAAGUGAGAUUUGGAAAGCACUGAGAGCAAUACACAUUAGAGACACUGCUGGCAGCAAAAUUACUCUAAUGAGAGCUCUGUACCGAGCCAGACUAAGUGAGGGUGAAUGUGUUUCAACACACCUUCAAAGAAUGUGUGAUUUAUUUUCACAUUUCACACAAUGAACUUGGGGAACAUUUUUCUGAACAGAGAAAGGUUUAUAUUGUGCUGUCUUCACUUCCUGAGUCAUGGGACAAUUUAGUGAUGACUUUGGAGGCAAUUCCAGAAAGCCAAUUAACAAUGCAUUUCUUAACUGGGCGUUUGCUUGAUGAGGAGGAAAGACGCCAUGAGAGGAAGGCCACAACCCCUCAACGUAACUCCAGAAAUGGGAAGCAGUCCAGUAAAAGAUAUGCAACUGAUGGGGGGCGGCAGCCUAAAGACGCUGUUGACCAAACAGAGGAAGCAGCUUUCACAGUCAGAAGAUGCUAUCGUUGUGGGUCACCUAAGCAUUUAGUACGUCUGUGCACUGCGUCUGUGGGAGAAAACACAAGAAAAGGGCGGCCUGUGUUUGCUGGGAAGCGAGGAGACAGGAAGAGUAUGUUUCUGCAGCAGUUCGAGGCACCAGUCACGACAUUGGACAAGACUGGAUUUUAGACUCAGCAGCAACAAACAUUUUUGUUAAGUCUGCACAAACCCUUGUAGAAAAGCAGCCUUGUAAGUCUGUAAAUGUAGUACUAGCUGAUGGAACAGUGCAUGAGUCAGCUGGAAAGGGUAGUGUGAAUAUCAGCUGUUUAAGUACCAAGUACCAUGUUUUAUGUGUACCAAGUUUUGAAAAUAAUUUGCUUUCAGUUACAAGCCUUGUUAAGCAGGGAUUUAAGGUAACCUUUUCUGGUUCAGGCUGUAAAAUAGAGAAAGCUGGAAAAGUGGUUACAGCGUCACUACAAAAUGGUUUAUUUGUUUUGAAAGACCAGCUAGUAAGUGAGUCUGGGGCAUGUGUUACAGCCUGUAAUAGAGCCUUGCAUGAUGAGUGCCAGCAUCUGUGGCAUCGUCGUUUGGGGUAUGCCAAUUUCCUCAGUAUUACAAAAAUGCCAGAAUUAAGCAAGGGAAUUAAAAUGAAAAAAUGCUCAGUUUUUUUGGACUGCAAUACCUGCAAGGAGUCUAAAAGUAAGCGGGGGUCCUAUCCUGAAAGUACUAGAAUUAGCAAGAGGCCAUUUACUUUAGUACACUCAAACCUUUGUGGGCCAUUUGCAGAGUCCGAAGGAGGAGCAAAGUUUUUUUUGGUUCUUGUGGAUGAUUAUAGCCGGUAUACUUGGAUACACUUGUUAAAACACAAAAGUGAAACUGGUCAACUGAUUAAAAAUUGGGUCAACUAUAUAGAAAGGCAAUUUCCCUACAAAGUUACCCAGUUGCAGAGUGACCGUGGAGGCGAGUUCAUGUCUGAAGCCCUCCAGGUCUGGUUGAAAAAGCGUGGUAUUAGUCACCGUAAAUCGUGUCCUUUUUCGCCUGAAGAAAAUUCAGUUGCAGAACGCAAGAUAAGGUCUUUGCAAACAAUGCUAGAGUCUAUGCUAUGUGAUUCUGGCUUAUCCAGAAAUUAUUGGGGGGGAAGGAAUUCUCUGUGCUAAUUACUUACAGAACAGAUUGUUUCAUUCUACCAUAAACAAUACCCCUCAUUUUUUGCUUUAUGGAAAAAAAACCCUUUUUAGACCAUGCUAAAACUUUUGGUUGCUGGGCUUGGGUUCACAUCCCAAAAGGACAGAGAAGGAAAGGAGAACCCAAGGCAAAGAGACUUAGGUUUGUUGGCUAUCAAAGUUGGUCAAAGGGGUAUCGUUUUGCACUAGGGCGUGGCAGAGUUGUGAUAUCAAGACAUGCAGAGUUUUGUGAGCAAGAUGGUUGGGCUCGUUUACAUGGAAAUUCAGAAGUUGUGUUAUCUUCUGAUGAUACAGAUAAAUUUGUGAAAUCUGAGGUAGAAAAGCCACAAAUUAAAGAAAGUUCUGAAAGAGACAGUGGUGAGAACUCAAGGGAUGAGGGUCCCAGUACACAAUCUCCUAAAGCUGAACCAAUUUCUCCUGAGCAAGAUGAAUCAGAAAGGGAAGAUAGUUCAGAGGGGGAGAGUGUUCAAGUUAGAAGAUCACAAAGAAGCAAUAAAGGGGGUACCUCAAGAAAGGUUCACUAUACAAGAAGUUAAAACUGUUGAUGUGAAGAAAGAACCUUGUGAUUAUGAGGAGGUUUUAAAGCUACCACACCAGGAAAUAGUAAGGUGGAAAAAUGCAAUGAAAGCAGAAAUGAAAUCUUUGGCAGAGCAUAAUGUGUUUACCAUUGAGCCAUUGCCAGAAGGAAAAAAGACAGUGGGCUGUAGAUGGGUGUAUAAAAUAAAACACUUGGCAGAUGGUGGUGUUAAGUACAAAGCUAGGCUGGUAGCAUGAGGCUUUACUCAAAGAAAAGGUGAAAGCUUUGAUGAAACCUUUUCUCCUACUGCAAGGAGUGAAAGUGUACGUUUAUUGCUAGCUCUUGCAGCACAACGUGGGUUUAAGGUAAACCAUUUUGAUAUUGAAACAGCUUAUCUUAACGCAAAUCUGCAAGAAGAAAUUUUUAUGAAUCAAGCACCAGGUUUUGAGGCAGGCGAACAGAAUUCUGUAUAUAGGCUGAACAAAGCAAUUUAUGGGCUCAAACAGUCAGCCAGAAAUUGGAACGAGUGUCUUGAUAAUGCUUUAAAAAAUCUUGGCUUUAAAAGAAGCUUAGCUGAUAACUGCUUGUACACUAAAGGAAAGGGAACACGAAUUAUGUCUGUCUUAUGUAGAUGAUUUGCUAUACUCUACAAAAAGUGACAAGCAAGUGGAAAAGUUUGCAGAACAACUAAGAAAGGAAUUUAAAGUAAGAGAUUUGGGUCCAGUAAAAAAUUAUCUCGGUCUAGAAAUUCAAAGAACAAACGAUGGAAGUUUUUUGUUGAGUCAAAAAGAUAAAAUAAUGGAGUUACUUGAAAGAAACAAUAUGCAAAACUGCAAGGGAGUAAAAACCCCAAUGGAAAUAGGUUUUUUCAAAAAUGAAGGAGAAUGCACAGAACCUGUAAAUCCUGAAAUGUACCAUUCAAUAGUUGGAAGUUUAUUAUACAUUUCAUUGUGGAGCAGACCAGAUUUGAGUUAUGCAGUUGGAAUACUGAGCAGACUAGUAAGCUGUCCUACAGAAAAUGCCUGGAAAGGUUUAAAACGUGUUUUCCGGUAUUUAAAACAAACACUUGAUUAUUGUUUGAAAUUACCAUCUUCAGGGUCUACAAAAUUGCAGUGUUAUGUUGACAGCGAUUGGGCCAACCUGCCUGAUAGAAAAUCAAUUUCUGGAAUGGUAUUUCAAUUUGGGGAUUCCUUGAUAGGUUGGAAGUCCAAAAAGCAAGGUAUCGUGGCCACAUCUUCAACAGAGGCUGAAUACUGUGCUUUAUCAGAGUUGUGUAAUGAAAUAAAAUUUUAUGUUCAGAUCCUCAAGGAUUUAGAUACACAAUGUGAUUAUCCAGUUCAAAUAUGGGAAGACAAUCAAGCUGUAAUAACUUUGACUGGGUCUGAGCAGUUUAGAAACAAAUCCAAACAUUUAGAAAUUAAAUAUCAAAAUGUGGUUGAAAAUGUGAACCAAAACCUGAUAAUGCUGAAGUAUUGUGAGAGCAUGCAAAAUGUGGCUGAUAUAUUUACAAAAGCACUAACUUUUGAGAAACAUGCACAAUUAGUGACAAAAUUAGGAAUUGUUGUGCGUGACGUGUAAAUAUGUUCUGUAAAUGUUUAAAGUACUGUUGUUUCUGUUUCUGUUUGAAUGAGAGGGGGUGUUGGGGAACAUUCGUCACAGAAACAUGUGUGUAUACAUUUAAGAAGUUUCUGAGUUAAUCGGCUGCAGCUGGCCGUUGCUAUAAGAGGAAAAAGCUGAGUUUUGUAGCUUGCCUGCAGGAAUAACACCCACCAGAGUUUGUGUUUAUUUGUUUGGUAAUAAAGUCUUGGUUUUAGUUUGGGUUUUUACACCCAUGUCUCCUGGAGUCACUCUGUACUCUACCACUGGCUAGAAAUUCCCCUCCAACAUUCCCUACACCCACAGGUCUCAGGAUGCUUGGAAGAUAAAAACACAACAUUAAAACACAAAACAUCACGUGUUAAAAUAGCAUUAGAUGUCAAUAAGAAAAAGGCCUGGUUAAAAAGGUGUGGAUUUGCCUGGCUCCUAAAGCUGUAUAAUGGUUUUUCCGACCCUUGUAUGGAUUCUUUGAUGGGAAGUGAGUUGGGAGCUAUGACUGAAGCUCUUUCCACAUUCCACACACUGAUAGGGUUUCUCCCCUGUAUGAAUUCUGUGAUGGGAAGUGAGAGAGGAGCUAUGAGUGAAGCUCUUUCCACAUUCCACACACUGAUAGGGUUUCCCCCCUGUAUGAAUUCUGUGAUGAGAAGUGAGAUCGGAGCUCUUCCUGGAGCUCUUUCCACAUUCCAUGCACUGAUAGACUUUCUUUCCAAUGAUAUUUUGUUGAUGGGAAGUGGAAUGGGAGUUUUGACUGCAGCUUUCUCCACACUCAAAAAUUUUACGUGGCUUCUCCUCCCUGGGGAUUUUAUCAUGGUCACCUUUGUUCUAAAUUUCCGAUUCAUCACAAUCUGCAAUGGAGACAAAAAGGGAUUAGAGCCUCAGGAACAAAUGGAGAAGAACUGAAAGAAGUUAGGUGUGUGUUCAUUACCUGUGUUGUUUGUCAUUAACCAACAUACCUAUUAUGAGAUUCUGAUGAAUGGUGCUUUGUUUGAUAUAAAGUAGUGGUCAAAAUUGUGGAAGACUUUGCCUACAUGACAGAAGAAAAUCAUCUGGGUGUAUACAAGACUAUAUGGUGCAAUGUAAUGGGAAGUUGAGUGCAAGAACUGGUCUAAAUGUUAGAAUUCUAAGGAAAAAGCCAUUGUUAUCUCUCCAACAAAAGGUUGAAAGAUGAAACCCAUGUUAACUGUACAGCGGAACAAUGAGACAGUGUUAUUUGGAGCAAUGAAACCCAAAUCUCUUUGCUUGGUAGUGAUGGCAUGAAAUACGCGAGGAGAAGAAUCAGAGAAGAUUUACAUCGUACUUGCAUUACACCAACCGUGAAACACCCAAACAGUGUGAUGAUCUGGGGUUGUAUGGCAGCAAAAGGUGUGGGCAGAAUUUGCGCCAUUAAUGGGAAUAUAAAUGCGGAAAAAUGCAUAAACGAAAUACUUGAGCCCAAACUGAAGUGUGCCGCAGGUGAUCUUUUCCCAGAUACUGAAGCAUUUAUAUAUAUUUAUAUAUAUAUAUAUAUAUAUAUAUAUAUAGUAGAGACAUCACCUUACCAACAAAGGUCUGUAUAGUAAAAGCUAUGGUUUUCCCAGUAGUAAGCUAUGGAAGUGAGAGCUGGACCAUAAAGAAGGCUGAUCGCCAAAGAAGGACCAUAAAGAAGGCUGAUCGCCGAAGAAUGGAUGCUUUUGAAUUAUGGUGCUGGAGGAGACUCUUGAGAAUCCCAUGGACUGCAAGAAGAUCAAACCUCUCCAUUCUUAAGGAAAUCAGCCCUGAGUGCUCACUGGAAGGACAGAUCGUGAAGAUGACGCUCCAAUACUUUGGCCACCUCAUGAGAAGAGAAGACUCCCUGGAAAAGACCCUGAUGUUAGGAAAGAUGGAGGGCACAAGGAGAAGGGGACGACAGAGGACGAGAUGGUUGGACAGUGUUCUCGAAGCUACAAACAUGAGUCUGACCAAACUGUGGAAGACAGGAGUGCCUGGCGUGCUCUGGUCCAUGGGGUCACGAAGAGUCGGACACGACUAAACGACUAAACAACAACAUAUACAUAUAUAUUUAUUUUCUAUUUCAACAGGAUUCAGCUCUAUGUCGUGUUGGUGCUGUGUGCAAAAGGUGCAUUCAAGAUAAUGAUAUUUCACUGCUGGAAUGGCCUGGGAAUAGCCCACACUUUAGCCCAAUCAGAAAUCUUUGGAGCCGACUAAAGAAACUUGUUAGUCAGAAGCAACCCAGCAAUAAAGCCCAAUUAACAGAGGCAAUAAUUCAGUCUUGGUUUCACAUUAUUACAGCUGCAGAACUAAAAUUUGGUUCACUUCAUGGGAAGGCAUUGUAAAGCCAUAAUUAAAGCUAAAGGUUACCAAUGGUUACCAAAGGUUUCACGUUUUAUCUUUAUGACUGCUGUUCUAAUAAAUACUCCUUCAUAAAAUUCAUUGCAUUACAUUCUUCAUUAAAUUAUCUUUCCAUUGCUAUAUAAUUUUAUGGUAUUACUCCAGACAAAACUGGUGUUAUGAACUAUCAAACCUCAGAAAUACAGGUGAAUAUAUGAGAUAGACUCAUGACAUGCAAAGCGAGAUAUGUCAAGCCUUUAUUUGUUACAAUUGUGAUAUUUAUGGUGUACAGCUGAUGAAAACCCCAAAUUAACAAUCUCAGAAAAUUAGAAUAUUAAAUGAAAUCAGCAAAACUAGGACUGCAAAUAGAGCAAUAUUGGACCUCUGAGAAGUAGAAGCAUGCACAUGUAGUCAGUACUUGGUUUGCGCCCCUUUUGCAUCAAUUACUGCCUCAAUUCGGCGUGGCAUGGAUGCUAUCAGCUUGUGGCACUGCUGAGGUGUUAUGGAAGACCAGGAUGCUUCAAUAGCAGCCUUCAGCUCUUCUGCAUUGCUCGGUCUCCUGUCUCUCACCUUUCUCUUGGCAAUGCCCCAUAGAUUCUCUAUGGGGUUCAGGUCAGAUGGGUUUGCUGGCCAAUCAAGCACAGUAAUCCCAUGCGCAUUGAACCAGGUUUUGGUACUUUUGGCACUGUGGGCAGGUGACAAAGUCCUAUUGGAAAAUGAAAUCAGCAUCCCCAUAAAGCUUGUCUGCGGAAGGAGGCAUAAAGUGCUCCAAAAUCUCCUGGGAGACAGCCAUGUUGACCCUGGACUUAAUGAAGCACAGUGGACCAACACCAGCUGAUGACAUGGCUCCCCAAAUCAACAAAGACUGUGGAAACUUCACAUUGGACUUCAAGCAUCUGGCAUUGUGUGCCUCCCCAUUCUUCCUCCAGACUCUGGGUCCUUCGUUUCCAAGUGAGAUGCAAAAGCUUCUCUCAUCAGAAAAGAGAUUUGCUGCUGUUCCAGAUUGGUAGAAUCAUAGAAUCAUAGAGUUGGAAGAGACCACAAGGGCCAUCGAGUCCAACCCCCUGCCAAGCAGGAAACACCAUCAGAGCACUCCUGACAUAUGGUUGUCAAGCCUCUGCUUAAAGACCUCCAAAGAAGGAGACUCCACCACACUCCUUGGCAAAUUCCAUUGUCGAACAGCUCUUACUGUCAGGAAGUUCUUCCUAAUGUUUAGGUGGAAUCUUCUUUCUUGUAGUUUGGAUCCAUUGCUCCGUGUCCGCUUCUCUGGAGCAGCAGAAAACAACCUUUCUCCCUCCUCUAUGUGACAUCCUUUUAUAUAUUUGAACAUGGCUAUCAUAAGGCCAUUUGAACAUGGCCUUAACCUCCUCUUCUCCAGGCUAAACAUGCCCAGCUCCCUUAGCCGUUCCUCAUAAGGCAUCGUUUCCAGGCCUUUGACCAUUUUGGUUGCCCUCCUCUGGACACGUUCCAGUUUGUCAGUGUCCUUCUUGAACUGUGGUGCCCAGAACUGAACACAGUACUCCAGGUAAGGUCUGACCAGAGCAGAAUACAGUGGCACUAUUACUUCCCUUGAUCUAGAUGCUAUACUCCUAUUGAUGCAGCCCAGAAUUGCAUUGACUUUUUUAGCUGCCGCUGUUGGCUCAUGUCAAGUUUGUGGUCAACCAAGACUCUUAGAUCCUUUUCACAUGUACUGCUCUCAAGCCAGGUGUCCCCCAUCUUGUAUUUGUGCCUCUCAUUUUUUUUGCCCAAGUGCAAUACUUUACAUUUCUCCCUGUUAAAAUUCAUCUUGUUUGUUUUGGCCCAGUUCUCUAAUCUGCCAAGGUCGUUUUGAAGUGUGAUUCUGUCCUCUGGGGUGUUAGCCACCCCUCCCAGUUUGGUGUCAUCUGCAAAUUUGAUCAGGAUGCCCUUGAGUCCAUCAUCCAAGUCGUUGAUAAAGAUGUUGAAUAAGACCGGGCCCAAGACAGAACCCUGUGGCACCCCACUAGUCACUCUUCUCCAGGAUGAAGAGGAACCAUUGAUGAGCACCCUUUGGGUUCGGUCAGUCAGCCAGUUACAAAUCCACUGAGUGGUAGCUGUGAGGAGAACCUGAGCUUACAGGGUUAAACAGCUCAGAGUGUACGCUCUGCCUACUAGUGGGAGGGGGGAACUCCUACGUCAGUUCCGAGAGACUCAAGUCUUUGUUCUGUCUCUCUACUUUCGCUUUUGAGGAGAGAGGACGUGUUUUCGCGAUGCUGUUCGCUGUGAUAGAUAAUGGAUAGUCUGCUGUAAAUAAAACUGUUUUUAGCUGCUAAGAUCCUGUGUGGACUUUAUUUAAGCACACUGAAGAAUGCACUGGAGUGUUUUGCAGCUUCCUCUAGCCGCUGUUGAUCUCAACUCUGCUAUGCUCAGAAGUAUCGGAUUUUUGGAAUGCAGAGGCCCGCGAUGGGGAAGCGUGCCGGACCUCAGGCUUAUCUGAGCAAUAAAUCAAUUUAUCUAACAGGUUAUGGGGGCAGUAAAUGCAAUUAGAGGAAGCCUGCUUUGAUGUGCUGUGUGCUUAAGAAGGCUGAGAAAACUGAGAAGCUGUUUUUUUGCUGUCGGAAGGCAAAAGUCCUGUUUUGAGGCUUCGCCUGGGAUAAAAGCAGGGAAGCUGGAUGCAAUGCUGUGUGCUGCAAGGAGCCACUGGAGGCCUCUCCUUUGAAGCUGGCUGGUACGCGUGAGUACUUCAAAGCCCCAAUGGGAGCACUGGGGGAGGAGAUGGCUGAGCUCCAGGACUUUUAUGAUGUCCCGUUUGAAAAGCUCACAACCCAGUCCUGGGAUAUCUGGGUUAGAAGAGUCAGGGGGUGGUUUUUGGCCACAGGGUUCUGGGGUAUAGCCCAGAAGGAGCCGUCCCCACCCAUGCCAGUUGCUGCUGAAGAAGGAGGAGCAGAACUGGAGGCUGCAUUGCUGGAAGACAGAGAGCUGAGAAUGCAAAGGGAGCUCUGCAUGUUGAGAGCAAGCGUGGACGCUAUGCUGUUGCCCCACCUGGAGGGCAUUGAGUCGGCUCAGGCCGCGUGGCAGGUGCUGAGGAGUCUGUGUGAGACCUCAGCAGGAGCCCAGGGCCGGGAGAAAGCCGAGAGCAGGCAGGAAGCUGAGAGCCCAGGGGGGCUGCUGGCCAUGUUCCUGAAGUUACAGCUGGGAGUAGCUGCUUUGUCUCCGAGGGGCCGUGUGAUGUUGAGGCCUACAACCAGAGUGCUGGGGAGCGUGCAGGCCCAGGCUGUGCACCCGAAGGUGGGGGUGCAGGGAACAAAGAAAUGGCUGAAGAGGGAGCUGUGAGAGCUGUUGCUACGCGUCGCCGCUGUUAUCGCUGUGGCUCCCCCUCCCAUCUGGUGAGAGAAUGUCCAGUGGAGGAACAGCCGAAGGCCGUCUCCCGUAGCAACCAGAUAAAGAGCUCUUCUUCAAAGCGUGGGAAAGGCAAGCCGAAGGCAGCUGGCAGAGACACUGAACGUAAACAUUUGGCUGCCUCUAUGGCUGUAGUCAAGAGUUGUCAACAGGAUGCUGUGUUGGCUUUUGUAAUAGACAGUGGAGCGUCUCAUCAUCUCGUGCCAUCUGGUGGAUUCCUGGAGAACUGCACCUCUGUAAAAUCUGGGAAGACUGUCUGUUUAGCAGAUGGGACUCGACACCCACUCACGCAGAGUGGCUCACUGUUUUGUUCUUUCUUGCAGGACUCAAUCCAGGCUUUUGUUGUUCCAGGACUGUCCUGCGCGUUGCUGUCUGUCAGUGCACUUCUUGCUGAGAACUACAGAGUGUGUUUUGAGAACAAUAAGUGUUCUAUUUCCAAGAAUGGACAGCACCUAGUCAGUGUUGAAUGUAAAGACAGGUUGUUUGUGAUAAAUGCUUCUGUUGCAGGUCCAGAUGACACGGAUGACACGGAGGAGGCUCAAGCGCAGUGUGCCAAUGUUCCAGUUCAUGAUGCGUGUCAACAUCUCUGGCACAGACGUAUGGCACACGUGUCGUGGGGGUCGGUGAAAAGGAUCCCAGAGUAUACGCAAGGGUGCAAAAUGAAAUCAUGUGCUAAGUUUCUAGAUUGCAGAGCGUGCAAGUCCGCAAAGGUGAAAACGUGCACAUACCCUAGGUCUGAGAGGGUGACCACUAGGGCUUUUCAAUUAAUUCAUGCAGAUUUGUGUGGACCGUUUUCUGUGAGCAGUUUGGGCGGAGCCAAAUUUUCGCUGGUUCUGAUUGAUGACCAUACGAGGAAUUCUUGGUGUUUUUUGCUUCAACGCAAAGAUGAAGCUGCGCCGCUAAUCAAAGACUGGAUUGCGGCUGUGGAACUGCAGUUUUCCACGGGUGCAAAACUUUCAGAGCGAUCGCGGUGGGGAAUUCACCGGGUCUGCACUGCAAAGUUUCUUCCGCAAAAAGGGGAUUCAACACAGGUUGACUUCUCCACACAGUCCCCAACAGAAUGGGAUCGCGGAACGCAGGAACAGGACUCUAGGGGAGAUGUCCGCAGCUCUUUUGUUUGAUGCCGGACUCCCACAGCGUUUUUGGGGGGAGGCUUGGCGAACGGCCAACUUCAUUCUGAACAGGUCGUUCAAUUCAGUGGUAGGUGACACCCCGUAUUUCUUGCUCCAUGGCAAGAAACCGAAAGUGCACUACUUCCGCGUUUUUGGCUGUGAGGCUUGGGUCCUCAUACCAAAGGCCAAAUGCAAGAAAGGUGAACCCAGGUCCCAAAAGAUGAUUUUUUGUGGGUAUGAGCCAGGGACCAAGGGGUGGAGGUUUGCGUAUCCGUCAGGGAAUCAGUCCAGGAUUCUGCUCAGCAACAGUGCUGAAUUCUGUGAGCAGAGUGGCUGGGCAAGGAUACAUGGGAACCCUGACAUCCUGUCAGAGAGUCUGCUAGACUCUGCUGAUGAAGGAGAGGAAGAGGUUGAACCUGCUACUGAGGCUCAGAGUCCAGGCCCAGUGCAGGCAGAGGGAGAACUUCUCCCAAGGCUGUGAAGAGUGAGCAACGCAGUGCUCCAUCUUCCCCACAGGUUCGGCUGAGAAGUCCAGAAGGCGCAGUAAGUCAGAGGGGAGCUCUCUGAUGCCAAGGACGUUCUGGCUGGCCCUAGUGGGUCAGAGGGGUUCCUGAAGUAGUGCUGCGCCGUUCAACGCGGACGACCAAGGGAAACCUCCUGAAAGGUUUGCCGUCACUAGUGUGUGGGUCGGAAUGGCACAGUGUGAACCCGAGAGUUUUGAGGAUGUUCAGAAACUGCCUCAGGAAGAAGCCAGGAAAUGGCAUGAGGCGAUGCAGAAGGAGAUGAACUCAAUGGAGUCUCUAGGUGUGUUCUCCCUCACGAAGUUGCCGGUGGGUGAAAAGGCAGUGGGUAGCCGCUGGGUUUACCGUCUUAAGCCCACAGCGGCAGGAGAACCGCAGUAUAAGGCCAGAUUAGUGGCGAGAGGAUUCACGCAGCGCAGGGGGUUGCAUUAUACGGAGAUUUAUGCGCCCACGUGUAGGAGUGAGUCUCUACGCUUGGUCUUGGCCAUCGCUGCACAAAGAGGUUUGCUGGUGCAUCACUUUGAUGUGGAUGUUGCUUACUUGAACUCAGACCUCCAGGAGGAUCUGUACAUGCUUCCUCCUCCAGGGUUUGAGGGCAAUGAGCGAGGUACUGUGUGGAAACUUCACAAGUCAAUUUACGGCCUGAAGCAGUCGGCCAGGAAUUGGAACUUGUGCCUGAAUGAAGCUUUGGAGAAGCUAGGUUUCAGGAAGAGUCUUGCUGACAGUUGCCUGUUCCUUAGAGGAUCAGGAGACUCACAGGAACUGGUGUUGUUUUAUGCUGAUGACAUCAUCCAUGUUGGAAAGGCAGACAAACAGGUGCAGAAGUUUGCCAAAGAGCUUGGGAAACGGUUUCAGCUCAAGGACCUGGGUGCAGUAAAGAUCUACCUAGGCGUCCAGAUAGCGAGAACUGAGGAUGGUAGCUUCUUGCUCAGUCAGAAAGGCAAGAUUGAACAGUUGCUGGAGAAGUUCAGAAUGUCCGAUUGUGCAGGAGUUCGAACACCCAUGGAGACGAACUUCGUGAAAGAUAGCCAGCAAGCAGAAAGUGCUGAGUUUGAGAAUGCUGAGAUCUUUCAGUCAGCUCUAGGUAGUCUGUUGUAUCUGUCCCAAUGGAGCAGACCAGACAUUGCCUUUGCUACCAACCUGCUAAGUAGGGAAGCGUCAAAGCCCAGUGUGAGUGCUUGGCACGGUAUCAAGCGGGUACUGCGCUACCUGCAGCAUACCAAAGACUUCUGUCUUAAGCUGCCAGCUGAAGGUGAGGCGAAGCUCACAUGCUAUGCGGACAGUGACUGGGCGAAUUCGCAGGACCGCAAGUCUGUGUCUGGGUUGGUGAUAAAGUUUGGGAAGUCACUAGUUGGGUGGAAGUCCCGGAAGCAAAGUCUCAUUGCGCUGUCUUCUACUGAGGCUGAAUUCAGUGCACUGUCAGAUUUGUGCCGAGAACUAGAGUUCUAUAGAUGCUUGGUGCAAGAGAUCUAUGGGGAUUGUAGCUUGCCCAUCACGGUUUGGGAAGACAAUCAACCCUGUUUGAAGUUGGCUGAAUCUGCGCAAUUUAAGGCGAGAACCAAGCAUCUGGACAUACGUUUCCGAAAUGUGUGUCAGAGUGUUCAGUCAGGUUUGAUACGACUGAAGUACUGUGCCAGUCACAGUAACCUGGCCGAUGGAUUUACCAAACCUUUAAGCUUCCAGCGUCAUGGGGAGUUUUGUGGUGGUUUGGAGUUGGGGGUAAGUUCUGUACUUACUGUCCCCACAGUAGCGCAGAGCGAGAGGGGGUGUGAGGAGAACCUGAGCUUACAGGGUUAAACAGCUCAGAGUGUACGCUCUGCCUACUAGUGGGAGGGGAACUCCUACGUCAGUUCCGAGAGACUCAAGUCUUUGUUCUGUCUCUCUACUUUCGCUUUUGAGGAGAGAGGACGUGUUUUCGCGAUGCUGUUCGCUGUGAUAGAUAAUGGAUAGUCUGCUGUAAAUAAAACUGCUUUUAGCUGCUAAGAUCCUGUGUGGACUUUAUUUAAGCACACUGAAGAAUGCACUGGAGUGUUUUGCAGCUUCCUCUAGCCGCUGUUGAUCUCAACUCUGCUAUGCUCAGAAGUAUCGGAUUUUUGGAAUGCAGAGGCCCGCGAUGGGGAAGCGUGCCGGACCUCAGGCUUAUCUGAGCAAUAAAUCAAUUUAUCUAACAGUAGCAUAGUCAAGCCCGCAUUUUACCAGCUUCUUUACAAGAAUAUCAUGGGCCACCUUGUCAAAUGCCUUGCUGAAAUCAAGGUAGGCUACAUCCACUGCGUUCCCUUCAUCUACCAGGCUUGUAAUUCUGUCAAAAACGAGAUCAGGUUAGUCUGACAUGACUUAUUUUUCAGAAAUCCAUGCUGACUAUUGGUGAUCACAGCAUUCCUUUCUAGGUGCUCACAGACUGUUUGCUUAAUGAUCUGCUCCAGAAUCUUCCCUGGUAUUGAUGUCAGACUGACUGGGCGGUAAUUAUUUGGGUCCUCUCUUUUCCCCUUUUUGAAAAUAGGGACAACAUUUGCCCUCCUCCAGUCUGCCGGGACUUUGCCUGUUCUCCAGGAAUUCUCAAAGAUGACUGCCAGUGGUUCUGAGAUCACAUCUGCCAGUUCUUUUAAUACUCUUGGAUGCAGUUCAUCUGGCCCUGGAGACUUGAAUACAUCUAAACUAGCCAAGUAUUCUUGUACUAUCUCCUUAGUUAUUCUGGGCUGUGUUUCCUCUGCUGAAUCAUUUGCUCCAAAUUCUUCAGGCGGGCAUUGUUUUCUUUAUCGGAGAAGACUGAGGCAAAGUAGGCAUUGAGGAGUUCAGCCCUUUCUGUGUCCCGUUUGCAUUUCACCAUCUUCUCCUCUGAGUGACCCCACUGUUUCUUUGUUCUUCCUUUUGCUACGGACAUACCCAUAAAAGCCUUUUUUUGUUGCUUUUAACCUCUCUAGCAAGCCUGAGUUCAUUCUGUGCUUUAGCUUUUCUGACUUUGUGUCUACAUGUGCUGGCUAUUUGUUUGAAUUCCUCUUUGGUAGUUUCCCCCCUUUUCCAUUUUUUGUACACAUCUUUUUUUAAUCUUAACUCAGUUAAAAGUUCUUUAGAUAGCCACCCUGGCUUCUUUAGGCACCUUCCAUGUUUCCGUCUCAUUGGUAUUGCCUGAAGUUGUGCUUUAGUAUCUCCCUCUUAACAAACUCCCAGCCAUCAUGAACUCCCUUUCCUUUUAGUAUUACUGUCCAUGGGAUCUCACCCAGCACUUCCCUAAGUUUUAUGAAGUCGACUUUCUUAAAGUCAAGAAAUUGAGUCCUAGUAUGCUUGGCUGCUCCUUUCCGCUGUAUAGUAGACUUCAGAAGAGCAUGAUCACUCGCGCCUAAUGAUCCUUCCACUUCUACCCCACUAACCAGGUCAUCAACAUUGGUUAGGACCAGAUCUAAAAUGGCUGUUCCUCUUGUUGCUUCUCCCACUUUCUGGACAAUGAAGUUGUCUGCAAGGCCAGUGAGGAAUCUGUUUGACCUUAUGCUCUUGGCUGAGUUUGACAUCCAACAAAUAUCCGGGUAAUUGAAGUCCCCCAUUACUACUAUCUCCCUUCCUUUUGCAUGCUUGGCCAUCUGUUCCAGGAAGGCAUCCUCUAUGUCCUCUGUUUGGCUUGGGGAUCUAUAGUAAACUCCCACAAUGAGGUCUCUGUUAUUCUUCUCUCCCUUAAUUUUGACCCAAAUGCUCUCACUUUGGCUUUGAGGUUCUAAAUCUUGGAUCUCUUCACAGGUAUACACAUCCCUGGCAUAUAACGCCACUCCUCCUCCUUUCUUGUCUGGUCUGUUUCUCUUAAAUAGAUUGUAUCUCUCCAUUAUUACAUUCCAAUCGUGGGACUUAUCCCACCAGGUUUCAGUGAUGCCUAUUAUGUCAUAUUUAGUUUGCUGUACCAAGAGCUCAAGCUCAUCUUGUUUAUUUCCCAUGCUUUGCGCAUUAGUGUACAGACAUUGAAGUCCAUUAAUCAUUCCCCCGUGCCUCUUAUUUAAGGAUUUUUUCCUCCCACCACAGGUCUGCGUGCUGUUUGCUCCAUUUGGUCUAUGACAUUUGGAUGAUCAUCUUCAUCAAUUGAAAGACUCCUACCUUCAGGAGCACUGUCUCCCUCCCCCACAUUAGUCACUUUAAAGUCCUCCUGAUGAGGUUUCUGAGAUUUUUGGCAAAAACAUUUCUCCCAACCGUUGUGAGGUGCAGCCCAUCACUUGCCAGAAGUCCAUCUUCAAGAAACUGCAGUCCGUGAUCUAAGAAUCCAAACCGUUCCUGUUUACACCAUUUGCGAAGCCAGCUGUUCACUUCCACUAUUUUUCCUCUCUCCCUGGGCCACGUCGUUCAACUGGGAGGACAGAUGAGAUGACAAUUUGUGCAUUUAAUUGCUUCAACUUCCUGCCCAGAGCCUCGUAGUCCCUUUUGAUCUUCUGGAGGCUAUUGCUUGCAGUGUCAUUGGUUCCCACAUGAACCAAGAGGAAGGGGUAUUUGACAGUGGGUUUUAUGAUUCCUUGCAGUCGUUCAGUUACAUCUUGGAUCUUAGCCCCGGGGAGACAGCACACUUCCCGAGACAUCUUGUCAGGCCCACAGAUCACUGCUUCUGUUCCCCUCAGUAGGGAAUCCCCUAUCACCACUACACGCCUCCUCUUAGGUUUGGUCGGGGUUCUUCCGUGAGCUGUCCGUUCCAAGGUCGCCUGCACAUUCCCUGAGGACUGACUUUGCUGCUCGUCUUCAUAUACCUGAUCGACUGUAAUGAGGAGAGAUCCUCAAAUGGAGUCUGCUCUUCGUCUUCCAUGCUAGGGGAGAGGACCUCAAAGCGAUUGUGUAUUUCUAAACAAUCAGAGCGAACCCUGGGCCUCCUACUUCUUUGAGUCACGUUUCUCCAUUUAUCUGGCUCCUGUGUUGGUGAACUAGCCUCCUUCUCAGGUGAGUCCCCUGUCUCCUCCUUGGUGGAGACGGUGUGCUCUGUUGCUUCCAAGAAGAGCUCCAGCUCUCUAAUUCUUUGGAGCGUAGCUACACGUUCCUCCAGUUGCUGGACUUUGUCUUUUAAGAGGGCAAUCAACAUGCAAUUGCUGCAGGUAAAGCUGGCUGCAACCUUUGGCAAGAUGGCAAACAUUGCGCAGGAACUGCAGGCGACUGCAGCUGUUCCCUCCCCCUGCAAGGUCUGAUAAGCUCCUCCCACAGCUAAUCACCUGCCUCAACAGAAACCCUGCCCCCUCUGACCUUUGCACAGGGAGAGCAGCUAAUCAGCCACAAAGAAAAACACACAGAGAUAGGUGGUAGAUAGGUGAGGCUGCUGAUCCCUUAUUUUCGAGGCUCCUGAUCCCUUAUUUUCAAAUCUGAAAGUUGACAGCUAUGGACUCACCAGAUCCCAGGAGGGGGCUGCGAUUUGGCACUUGCAGGAGGGACACCAAAGCAACCCCCCCCCUUUCUUGCAGGAAAGGACUGGGGAGGGAGGGGCCUUGGCUCUGGAGGACCAGCCCCCUCUUGCUUCCUGUCCUCUCUAGGAAGGCAGCUCACUUCCCUUUAACUCUUGCAAAGCCGAGUCCUCCCUCGCUCAGCCCUCUCUCAGAUUUUUAUCAUUUUUUAUGCAUUUAGGGGGGCAGCUGCCCCCCCCGGCUACGCCCAUGCCCAGAUAUCCUUUUGGGGGUGAGGCUCUUGGCCAGAAACCAGAGGAAGGGCCUGCAGGAAAAAGGGCUUUGCAGGAGGCAAGGAAGCUCCUCCUAGAAUUCAGGAGUGGAGAGAUAGGAGGGGAUCCCAGGGUCAUCUAGUCCAACCCGAAGCAAGAGGGGGCCGGGUCUAGUUCCCUAAACAGGCAGCCCUGUUUAGGGAAGCUUUUAAUGUUUAAUAGGUUAUUGUAUUUUAGUGUUUUAUUGGAAGCCGCCCAGAGUGGCUGGGGAAACCCAGCCAGAUGGGCAGGGUAUAAAUAAUGAUAAUAAUCAUAUAAUAAUAAUUUAUUAUUUGUACCCCGCCCAUCUGGCUGGGUUUCCCCAGCCACUCUGGGCGGCUUCCAUAGAAACCAAAAAUACACUAAAAUAUCACAGAUUAAAAACUUCCCUGAACAGGGGUGCCUUAAGAUGUCUUCUGAAUGUCAGGUAGUUAUUUAUCGCUUUGACAUCUGAUGGGAGGGCGUUCCACACGGUGGGCGCCACUACCGAGAAGGCCCUCUGCCUGGUUCCCUGUAGCUUUGCUUCUCGCAAUGAGGGAACCACCAGAAGGCCCUCGGCGCUGGACCUCAGCGUCCGGGCAGAACGAUGGGGGUGCAGACGCUCCUUCAGGUAUACUGGGCCGACACCAUUUAGGGCUUUAAAGGUCAGCACCAGCACUUUGAAUUGUGCUUGGAAACGUACUGGGAGCCAAUGUAGGUCUUUCAAGACCGGUGUUAUGUGGUCUCGGCGGCUGCCCCCAGUCACCAGUCUAGCUGCCGCAUUCUGGAUUAGUUGCAGUUUCCGGGUCACCUUCAAAGGUAGCCCCACGUAGAGCGCAUUGCAGUAGUCCAAGAGGGAGAUAACCAGAGCAUGCACCACUCUGGCGAGACAGUCCGUGGGCAGGUAGGGUCUCAGCCUGCGUACCAGGUGGAGUUGGUAGACAGCUGCCCUGGAUACAGAAUUGACCAGCGCCUCCAAAAUGACUCCCAGGCUGCGCACCUGGUCCUUCAGGGGUAGUUACCCUAUUCAGGACCAGGGAGUCCUCCACACCAGCCCGCCCCCUGUCCCCCAAAAACAGUACUUCUGUCUUGUCAGGAUUCAACCUCAAUCUGUUAGCCGCCAUCCAUUCUCCAACCGCCUCCAGGCACUCACACAGGACCUUCACUGCCUUCACUGAAUUAAUUAUUAUUAUUAUUAUUAUUAUUACAACCCCCAGCAAUGCAGGAAUCUCAGCUAAAGGAUGCAUGGCAGAUGGCCGUCCGAUCUGUGCUUAGAAACCUCCAAGGAAGGAGAGUCCACCACCUCCCAAGGGAGACCUUUCCCCUGCCAAACUGCUCUUAAGAUGUCCCUCAAGGCAGCGGGUCCUGAGUUCCAGCACUGCUGAAAUAAUCACACUCAGCACUCGGCCAGAAAAAAUUACAAUGUGAAAAACUUUAUAAGAAUAAUUCAAAACAUCAAAACUAACAAACUUAAGUCUCUGAAAGUCCUUAAAUCAAUCACGGUGGCAGACUUUACCCGGCAGAGAACAAGUUGAGCACUGUUCCAGAGUACUUUUCAUUCUUAUGUAAUUAUAUCUAUUUGAAAAAAGAUUGGUUAAUGAAGAAAUGACAUAGCUUUCUAAUUUCGAGUGUUGAACUAAUUGGCUGAUGAAGAAUUCAAUGAAACAGUAGUUGUUAUCUGGAAACACACUGUUCAUCAGAGUUCAGAGUUGGACUUGAGAACUGGACAUUUGCUGAUUAUACAAAGUUUCACGAAGACAGGAGUGCCUGGCGUACUCUGGUCCAUGGGGUCACGAAGAGUCGGACACGACUAAACGACUAAACAACAACAACAAACAACAACAAAGUUUCACAGCUUCUUCUCCACCGGGGAAAGUCUGUCACCAUGAUUCAUUUAAGGACUUUCAGAAAUUUUCAGAGACUUCAGUUUGUUAUUUUUGAUGUUUUGAAUUAUUCCUAUAAAGUUUUUCACAUUGUAAUUGUUUUUGGCCAUUGUGUUGCUUUUGAUAUAGCUGACUCAUAUUUUGCAACACAGAAAUAAUUGCACUGGCUACCAAGGAGGUACCAAGCGAAGUUCAAAAUAAAUCAUAUUCUCAUCAUGAAUAACCAAAACUUUCUUAGGCAUGUUCCUAUGCAAACAUACAAUAGUAUGCAAUUUCCCCUUCCAGAAAUGCUUACUUGCUCAUUCAAUGGACUGAAAAAGGAUGGUGGUUGUUAUUAUUUUUUACAUUGAUAUACCACCCUUCAUCAAGAGCUCUCAGGGACGUUUAAAACAUAGAACAUAUUAAAAGUAGACAAAUGAUGCAUCACCUCAAAUUCUUAAAGGGAGGGAGAUGCUCAGAGUCCAACCAAAAGUCCCCCCCCCCGAAAUCCAUAAAAAAUAAUAAGAAUCUGAGGAUCUGCCAAGCGCGAGAGGGCUGAGCUGGAGGGACUCGGCUUUGCAAGGGUUAAAGGGAAGUGAGCUGCCUUCCUAGAGAGGACAGGAAGCAAGGGGGGGCUGGUCCUCCAGAGCCAAGGCCCCUCCCUCCCCAGUCCUGUCCUUGCUUUGGGGUCUCUCCUGCAAGGGCUGCUUCGCUGUCCCUCCUGGGAUCUGGUGAGUCUCCUCUCUCUCUGGGAUCUGGUGGGGGUCCCAGGGCUGCAGCAGGGAGGCCUGGGGGCCGGAUCUGCUCCUGCAGGGGGGGGACCCCAAGUCAGGGAGGAGAGGGUCCUGCCAGGGAGGGGCCAGGUCUGCAACGCUCUCCUUCCUGCAGAUCAGAGCAUCCCAAACUCAUUUGACCCUCCUCCCCCCCCUUCAGAAAAAAUCUCCCUUCUUUAAACAAAGGAGUCCCUGGGACUUUAACUCUGUGUGACGUCGCUCAGCCUCAUUGCACAACAGAGGUAAUGUGUGCAAGUGGUUUUCCAAAGCUGAACGAGGAGGUGGACUAGUCCGCCCCCCCCCAAAAAAAAACGGGCAGGAAGGAAGGAAAAGUAGGAAAGAGAGGCCAGGAAUAAAGAGAGGGAUCCCAGCCCAUAGUCUGGCUGCUGCAUUGCAAAACAGUUUGUGUUAAGCUAUCUAAUAGAAUAUUAAAAAAUUCAAUGGAGAUGUCUUUGACCCCGCCCACUUGGCCCUCAGGGGUUGGCCAGAUACAUUCCUGGCCCUCAGAAGAGAGAAAAAGAGCUCUCACCCCACGAAUCUGUCUGGACAGCGGCAGAGAUUGCAGAAAAGGGGACAGAAGCAGGGAGUGGAGGUGGGGUGAGGGUGGGGGGGGCAGCAACUCCAGAGGACCCCCAGGUCAGGACCCCCACUAGAGAAAAGCAUCCAUUUAUCACAAGAUACAAAUGACUCCCUUGUCAGUCACUUCUGACUUCAUGCAUUGACUGGAAGGCAGCAGAAACCAGGUUGAUUAAUCUGACAGAAAUCCCUUCCGUUGCCUCCACAUUCUGCAUUGCUAGAAGGCUAGAGAUUUAUUUCUUCUCCUCUUCCUCUUUCUUCUCAGAAAGAUAGCUCAUGGUCUGGGAUGCGGUGCAGUCCAGCCCUGGUUCCCAGCAAGACUCAUCCAUGCUUGCUCAGGGAACCAUUUCCCCCCCUGUCCUACAAAUUCUGUAACAGAACAAUGUAUUUGCUUUGUAGGAUUUGCUAGAGCUUCUCAUUUAGACGGGCAGAACUUGGCAGAAGACCAAAGGGUUCCUUCCGAUCUCUCAGAGGCUUCCUGAGAGCACAGAUGGAUGAGCAAGACUCAGCUGGCCCCGAAGCAGGAAGAGGCCAUGCCAGCCAAACUGGGAGCAGUGGGGGAUUCUGGGAAAACUCUGUGCAGAAGAUCCAUGGUGAGGUGGACACCCUCCGCUCAGAGGUGCAGAGCCAGCAGUUGAGGCAGUUCUGCUGCCAGGAGGCCAAAGGACCCCGAGAGGUUUGCAGCCGACUCCACCACCUUGACCAUCAGUGGCUGAAGCCAGAAAGGCACACGAAAGCUGAGAUGCUGGACCUGGUGAUCUUGGAGCAGUUCCUGGCUGUUCUUCCACCGGAGAUGGAGAGCUGGGUGAGGGACUGUGGAGCGGAGACCAGUUCCCAGGCGGUGGCCUUGGCCGAAGGUUUCCUCCUGAGUCAGGCAGAGGAGAGAAAGCAGGAACAGAGUAAACAGGUGAGAGAGACUUUCCUCUGGAUACUCCCAAGGGGUUCCAAACAGGACAGAGAACAUCCCAUAAUGGUCUGCUGAUGGCCCAUCCUUUUUCUGGGAAGGCAUCCAUGGAAUGAGAUCUCGUACCCUUCAAGUCUUUGUUAUUCUCUUUCUAGUAUUUCUCCCCAUUCUCUGUUUUGAAUCCUUGUUUCUUUCUCAGGGAAAGGAUCUCUUUGCAGAAAUGGACCUGGAUUCCUGUGAGGCAGAGAGGCCUCCGUUGGACACCAGAGAGAGGCCACUGGGUAAGGAGGAAGGUGGUUUUUCCCCAUUUGGUCCCAUUCUGUUGGUUUUCCAACUCAUCUGAGGAUUCCUUUCAUCUUGUUUUGGGGGGAGACAGUUGGGAAGAAGGAUCCAGAGGAGGGGAGAUGUAUUUCUGCACAACUAACUUAUGAAAUGGGCACAAACGUCCAAAUACUCUCAGUAGGUAAGUCCUUCUCAAAGGCCCAUCUGUAGUUAGAGAUGCCCUGUUUCACCUGUGAGAGAAGCAGGCACUCCUGGCAUCCUGCUUACCUUUUUUCUCUUGCAGGUGGCAGAAGGAUGCCGGCAAGACCUCCUGAUCCGCCUUUUCAUGGGGGCAGAAGGGAAGCAGCGGCUGUGGAACCAGAUCAGGUCAGGGAAGCUGCCUUGUGGGGACAGAGGCCGAGGGAUGGAGCAAUGUCAUGGACUGGUUGGGCACAGAGGAAUGGUGGGAGGAAGCAGCCGGGGAACCAGGAAGGGAAGAUGGCUGAGAGCCGAAGGAGUGGAGGUGGAGGAAGGAUGAGCGGUCAGAGGAAGAAGAGGGAAAAGACUGGGAAGAGGAGGUGUCAGAAGCUGAAGGGGAAACAGGGCUUAGUGAGCUGGGAGACUCUGUGGCAGAAAGCAGUGCAGAAUCAGAGGCAGAAGAGGAAGGAGGCAAGUGGGAGAGGAAGGUCGAGAGGCUGAGGUGAGUCAGGAGAAGGAGGAGCCACCGGUGGCUCCCUCUCCUUUGCCAGAAGCCGCCCUCCCUGCUUGUCUCUCAGAGUCAGGAGAUGAAAAUAGGCUUAUUUUAAUUGUCUAUUGAUCACUGAAUGCUAAAAUUGUUUUCUAAGCAGUUGACAAACAAGAACAAACAGUGGCCUAGAUUCACCAAACCAGCCCUAUCGGAUGAACAAUGGGGCCUGCCCCCCAUUCCUCCCCCUCUCCAUGCCGCCCUGAACCCCUUGAAUUUGGCUCUAGGGCAUUGGGAGGGAACCUUCCUAGAACAGCUCACUAGGAGAGGAGAAAGUGGAUCCUUCCAUCAGGCAAACUGGAAUGCUUGCGUAGGCAGAAUGACUUGGAAAACACAAGGCGGAGUAACACCUAUUUGCACGAAGACAAAUACCCAUAAUUAAAACGCAGAAUAAAAUAAGCACCCAUAAUUAAAAUGUGCUGCAAAACAAUCCUAUUGAAACAACGGAAUUUACAGGAAGGAAACAACAGAGCAUUGUGGAGCAGAUCAUAUUUCUGCUGUCUCAGAGGAGGACAUUUCCCUUUUUUUUUUUUUAGGGUCCAGUGUGCUUUGAAGAUGUCGCUGUUGGUUUCACAGACGAGGAGUGGGCGUUGCUGGAUCCUGACCAGAGAGCUCUGCAUAAGGAUGUCAUGGAGGAGAAUCGUGGGAUCGUGGCCUCUCUUGGUAAGGCUCCCUGUGGGAUCGUCAUACCUGCCUGGAAAUUCAAAAAAUACGUCUAUAGACCAGCCUCACAUAUUUUCACAGAGCUCAAUAGUGGCCCCUAUAACACCUGGGAACCUAACACCCCCACAAUGAACAGUAAAUUACAGUUUUCUCUUUGAACAAUCUUCCUCAGAUUAUUCCUUUUUCUACCACGAUUGGGCUGGUCUAAACUGCCCAGGCCAUCUUCAAUGUCAGCUUCAGAAUUGUUAGGAAAGAUAAGUAGCUUCAGGUUUUCUGUUUUUGCUCCUGUCAGUCUUGGGUUGACCAAAGAGACGACUGACAUUGGAGAUGGAGGGAUGCCAUGACUGGGCCAAACAAAAUUCAUCCCAGAGAAGAGCAAGGCUUACUGAAUUUCAGGUAGAAGUAGCAGUGGUGGUGAUGAUGAUGAUGAUGAUGAUACAGUGGUACCUCGGUUUACAAACUUUCCGGAACAGGACUGUUCUUAAAUCAAGGUAUCACUGUAGUAAUAAUAAUAAUUUUUGUUUAUACCCUGCCCAUCUGGCUGCGUUCCCCCAGCCACUCUGGGCGGCUUCCAACACACAUAUAAAAAUGAAACAUAAAUAAUAAUAAUCUGAUCCCAUAUAUAAAGAACUUUAACUUUAAAAUGAACAACUUCUACUAGUGGCCAAAAUUGUGGAAACCUUUUGUGAAAAGUGUAUUUCUGAGGUUUGAUGGCUCAUAACACCACUUUUGUGUGGAGUAAUACCAUAAAAUUAUAUAGCAAUGGAAAGAUAAUUUAAUGAAGAAUGUAAUGCAAUGAAUUUUAUGAAGGAGUAUUUAUUAGAACAGCAGUCAUAAAGAAAAAAUGUGAAACCUUUGGUAACCAUUGGUAACCUUUAGCUUUAAGUACGGCCUUACAACGCCUUCCCAUGAAGUGAACCAAGUUUUUAGUUCUGAAGCUGUAAUAAUGCCAAACCAAGACUGAAUUAUUGUCUCUGUUAAUUGGGCUUUAUUGCUGGGUUGCUUCUGAAUAACAAGUUUCUUUAGUCGGCUCCAAAGAUUUCUGAUUGGGUUAAAGUGUGGGCUAUUCAGUAUGGACUAAAGUGUGGGCUAUUCAGGUUGCCAUCAGUAUGCUGAUGACACCCAACUCUAUCUGUUGAUGGAUGGCCAUUCUGACUCGGCCCCAGACACACUGACCAGGUGUUUGGAAGCUGUGGCUGGAUGGUUACGUGGGAGCCAGUUGACGCUAAAUCCUUUGAAGACAGAGGUCCUGUGGCUGGGACGGGACGAUAUGGGAUUGGGGGGGCAACUCCCAUCUCUUGUGGGGGCGUAAUUAGUGCCAGCACCGUCCGUUAAGAGUUUGGGUAUAAUCUUCGACACCUCCCUUUCUGUGGAGGCGCAGAUUGCAGCUAUAACAAAGGCGGCAUUUUUCCAUCUUUGCCAAGCUAAGCAGUUGGCUCCUUACCUCUCUCGCCCUGACCUAGCCACUGUGAUCCAUGCGACGGUCACCUCCAGACUGGAUUAUUGUAACUCGCUCUACGUGGGGCUGCCCUUGAGACUGACCCAGAAACUCCAGCGGGUGCAGAAUGCUGCAGCGAGACUCCUUACGGGGUCUUCGCUGCGAGAUCACAUUCACCCGGUGCUAUACCAGCUGCACUGGCUCCCGGUGGAGUACAGGAUCAGGUUUAAGGUGCUGGUUUUAACCUUUAAAGCCCUAUACGGCCUAGGACCCUCGUACCUACGGGACCGCCUCUCCUGGUAUGUCCCACAAAGAAACUUACGGUCUUCAAAUAAAAACAUCUUGAAGGUCCCAGGCCACAGAGAGGUUAGGCUGGCUUCAACUAGAGCCAGGGCUUUUUCGGCUGUGGCUUAGAUCUGGUGGAACACUCUGUCACAAGAGACUAGGGCCCUGCAGGACUUGACAUCUUUCCGCAGGGCCUGCAAGACAGAGCUGUUCCACCAGGCCUUUGGCCAGGGCGCAGCCUGACUCCCUCCUUCGGCAAUCUUCGCGGAGCUCUGGCCCAAUGGUUGCCAUUGGUUUGAUUUGAAUUAAUUUUAUAAUGAAUGAUUUUAGAGUGUUGUGUUGUACUGUUGUACUGUUUUAUUGUUGUUAGCUGCCCUGAGCCUGGCUUCGGCUGGGGAGGGCGGGAUAUAAAUAAAAAUUAUUAUUAUUAUUAUUAUUAUUCCCAGGCCAUUCCAGCAGUGAAAUAUCAUUAUCUUGAAUGUACCUUUUGCACACAGCAGCAACAUGACAUAGAGCUGAAUCCUGCUGAAAAUAUAUAAAUGCUUCGGUAUCUGGGAAAAGAUCACCUGCGGAACACUUCAGUUUGGGCUCACGUAUUUCCUUUAUGCAUUUUCCCGCAUUUAUAUUCCCAUUAAUGACGCAAAUUCUGCCCACACCUUUUGCUGCCAUACAACCCCAGAUCAUCACACUGUCUGGGUGUUUCACAGUCGGUGUAAUGCAAGUAGGAUGUAAAUCUUCUCUGAUUCUUCUCCUCUUCUCCGAUUAAAAAAACUCGCGUAUUUCAUGCCAUCACUACCAAGCAAGGUAGUGUCCUUUUUUAAAAAAAUAAAGUUUUUAUUUAUACAACAAGAAAAAAGAAAAAAAACACAAAUACCAAAUUACACACAAAUUACAAAAAUAACCAUAGUCACCUAAUUUUCUUAGCAAACAAUAAAACAUCUAUUGGUCUUAACACUAAAGACCCAACCUCCCGUCUAUUCCAUAUUUCAAAUUCAUAUUACUUAUUGCCAAUACACACUUUUAUCAUAAUUAAACUUAUUGUUAAUAAAUCUAAUUUCUUAUAUCUACCUUGCAACUAUUACUGAAGUUCCUCAAAUGCUGCGACAGAAUUUAAACUACUAUAUUUAUUUUUCAGAUAUUCUUUGAAAACCUCCCAUUUUGAAACAAAUUCCUGUUUUGAUUUAUUCUUUAUUUUUCUGAUAAACCAUCUAAUUCGGCAUAUUCUGUCAGCUUUUGGAUCCAAUCUUGUAUAGAGGGGAUUUCAUUACUCUUCCAUUUUGCUGUGAUCAAAACUCUUGCUGCCGCUGUCGCAUAUAAAAAGAUACCCUUCCUCUUUUGUGGAAUAUCCAAAUCUGUUAUUCCCAGGAGGUAGGCCUCUGGUUUUUUAUUGAAAGAGAUCUUUAGCAUUUUUUGCAGUUCUGCAUGUAUACUCUCCCAGAAUACCUGUAUUUUCCUACAUAUCCACCACAUAUGGUAGAAUGUUCCUGAGUCUCCGCAUCUCCAACAAUUACUUGACACAUUUUUAUACAUUUUUGAAAGUUUCCAUGGUGUUAGAUACCAUCGAUGUUGCAUUUUUUGAAAGUACUCUCUAAACGUGUAACAGUUUGUGAAUUUCCAAUUGAUCUUCCAUAAAUUUUCCCAUUGGGCCAUGGUUAUUGAAUGGCCAAAAUCCUGGGACCACCUCACCAUUGCCACUGUUACCUCCUCCUCCUUGACUGUCCAGUCAAGGAGGAGUCGAUAAGUUUUGGAAAGAGUUUUUCUUUUAGAAUUUACAAGAUCAGAUUCGAAUCGGGAUAUUUCUGUUGAGAACCCCUUUUGUUUGUCAGAUUUAAAUUUUUCAAAUAACUGAUGAUAUUGGAACCAGUCUGAAAUGUGUUCUCUUAUUUCCUCAAAGUUUUUUAAUUUUAUUUGGUUAUCUUCAUUUUUUAGAAGUAUUUUAUAUGUUGGCCAGCUUUCCUGAGUAUUUUUCCGUUUUACUGCUAUGGCUUCUAUUGGAGAAGUCUACCACGGGGCUUUAGGCUCCAUCAGGUCUUUAUAUUUUUCCCAUACAGCAAAGAGUGACUUUCUUAUUAUAUGGUUGGUAAAAAUUUUAUGAAUUUUCGCUUUUCCAUAUAUCAGGUAGGCGUGCCAUCCCCAACGAUUGUCAAAACCUUCCAGGUCCAGGAGGUCCGGAUCCUGCAAUGUGCACCAAUCCUUUUAGCCAGGUGAAACAGGCUGCCUCGUAGUAAAGUUUUAGGUCGGGUAGGGAAAAGCCUCCUCUCUCUUUUAAGUCUAUUAAGAUCAGGUGUUUAAUCCUAGGUUUCUUCCCUUCCCACAGGAAUUUGGAAAUUUCUCUUUGCCAUAUCUUGAGACAACCUGUCAAGUAAGGUAGUGUCCCAUUGUUCCGCUGUCUAGUUAACAUGGGUUUAAUCUUUUCAACCUUUGCUUGAGAGAUAACAAAGGCUUUUUCCUUAGAAUUCUAACAUUUAGACCAGUCCUUGCACUCAACUUCCCAUUACAUUGUGCCAUGUCAUCUUGUAUACACCCAGAUGAUUUUCUUCUGUCAUGUACGCACAGUCUCUCCACUCGUCCAUCGUCACUUGCCUUUGUACACAUUCCCUGCUUUAACAAGUCUGAUUUUGUAGUGACUGAGUCUCCUUAUACCUCUUCAAAAAUAUAGAAAGGCCAACUUUGGUUAAGUUUCCCCCAAUCUCUCUUCUAAUUUCUCCAUAACUGUAGCCUUCUUCACUUAAUAGUACACUCUUACUCACUUUCUGGGGACCAGUCAACUCUUUGUGCCAUUUCUAUAAUUUUACUAUGUUUUACACCUUCACUAAAUGAAAGAACACACAAAACCAACCAACUUGAUAGCAAUCACAUAACACACUGACAAAAGUCAACCUAAGCAAGUUGUGCUUUCUUUCUGGUUAUUUGGCUAUACUUUUGAUAGAAUACGGGUAAUUGAACAAACUUUGUUGGAUUGCAAUCUCGAUUGCAUUCUUGAUCGAAUUAUCUUUCCACUGAUAUAUAAUUUUAUGACAUUACUCCAAAUGAAGUGGUGUUAUGAGCCAGCAAACCUCUGAAAUACCGUAUUUUUCGCCCUAUAGGACGCACUUUUUCCCCUCCAAAAAUGAAGGGGAAAUGUGUGUGCGUCCUAUGGGGCGAAUGCAGGCUUUCGCUGAAGCCUGGAAGGCGAGAGGCUUCAGGAGAGCCGCAGCGAUAGCCCCACAAGGUCGGGGACAGCGGGGAGGCGGAACGCCGCCAUCCCGCUGUCUCCCGAUGUGGUUUGGAGGCUGACAGCGGGGAGGCGCGUGCUUCUCCGCGCCGCCAGCCCCGCAAGCUCCGGGGACAGCUGGGAGGUGCAGCGCGUCUUCCCGCUGUCCCCGGACCUGGUCUGCAGGCGGGCGGCGGGGAGAGGAGCGCUUCUCCCCGCUGCCUGCCCCGCAAGCUCCGGGGACAGCUGGGAGGCGCAGCGCGUCUUCCAGCUGUCCCCAGACCUGAUCUCAAGGCGGGCGGCGGGGAGAAGAGUGCUUCUCCCUGCUGCCUGCCCUGCAGCGCGUCUUCCUGCUGUCCCCAGACCUGAUCUCAAGGCGGGCAGCGGGAAGAAGAGCGCUUCUCCCCGCUGCCUGCCCCGCAAGCUCCGGGGACAGGUGGGAGGCGCCGCGCGUCUCCCCGCUGUCCCCGGACCUGAUCUCAAGGCGGGCGGCAGGGAGAAGAGCGCUUCUCCCCGCCGCCUGCCCCGUAAGUGCCUGGGGGAAAUAAAAUUAUUUUCUUUAUUCCCCCAAAAAACUUGGUGCGUCCUAUGGGCCGGUGCGUCCUAUGGGGCAAAAAUACGGUACACUUUUUUCCAAAAGUCUUCCACAAUUUUGACCACUACUGUAUAUCAAACAAAGCAACAUUCAACAACUCAUCAGACUCUCAUAAUAAAUAUGUUGGUUAAUGACAAAAAACACAGGUAAUGAACACAUACCCAACUCCCUUCAGUUCUUUUCCAUUUGUUCCCAAGGCUCUAAUCCCUUUUUUGUCUCCAUUGCAGAUUGUGAUGAAUUGGAAAUUGAGAGCAAAGGUGACAACGAAAAAUUCCCCAGAGAGGAGAAGCCACACAAAAAUUUGGAGUGUGGAGAAAGCUGCAGUCAGAGCUCCCAUUCCACUUCCCAUCAACAAAAUCUCAUUGAAAAGAAACUCUAUCAGUGUAUGGAAUGUGGAAAGAGCUUCAGUCAGAGCUCCGAUCUCACUUAUCAUCAAAGAAUUCAUACAAGGGAGAAACCCUAUCAGUGUGUGGAAUGUGGAAAGAGCUUCAGUCAGAGCUCCGAUCUCACUUAUCAUCAAAGAAUUCAUACAAGGGAGAAACCCUAUCAGUGUGUGGAAUGUGGAAAGAGCUUCAGGAAGAGUGCCCAUCUCACUUCCCAUCAAAGAAUUCACACAGGGGAAAAACCCUUUCAGUGUGUGGAAUGUGGAAAGAGCUUCACUCACAGCCACAGUCUCACUUCCCAUCAAAGAAUUCAUACAGGGGAGAAACCCUAUCAGUGUGUGGAAUGUGGAAAGAGCUUCAGUCAGAGCUCCGAUCUCACUUCCCAUCAAAGAAUUCAUACAGGGGAGAAGCCCUAUCAGUGUGUGGUAUGUGGAAAGAGCUUCACAU